AAAAAAAGAAAUAAAAAAAACAAAAACAGAAGAAAAAAAAAAAAAAGAGCAACAACAGAGACAAAAAAAAGAAUACAGCCAAGGAAGAAGGGAAGUUAUUGAGCCCCAAUGUAAGGAAUUCCUGGGACUUUUCUCCUGUACGCCAGAUAGAUGUGUGGACCACCAUCCUGCACGUAUAACAAUGAACGCUCAGCUGACCAUGGACUCUAUGGGAGAUCUGCAUGGGGUGAGCCAUGAGUCUGUUUCGGCCACCGCUGAUCUGAUGAACAACAGCCCGCACCACCGAGGCUCGGUAACCCACCGGAGCAACCAUCUGUCUGCCCACCCCAGGUCCAUGGGCAUGGCUUCCAUCCUGGACGGCGGAGACUACCACCACCACCACAGACCCCCAGACCAUGCUUUAACCGGACCCCUGCAUCCCACCAUGACCAUGGCUUGUGAGACCCCUCCUGGGAUGAACAUGAGCAGCACCUACACCACGCUGACCCCACUGCAGCCUUUACCCCCCAUAUCCACCGUAUCGGACAAGUUCCCCCACCACCACCAUCACCACCACCACCACCACCCUCACCAGCGGAUACCUGGCAAUGUGAGUGGCAGCUUCACCCUCAUGAGGGAUGAUAGGGGUCUGACAUCUAUGAACAAUCUCUACACCCCCUACCACAAGGAUGUAACCGGGAUGGGACAAAGCUUAUCUCCAUUAUCUGGAUCUGGUCUUGGCAGCAUCCACAAUGCCCAACAAGGGUUGCCCCAUUAUGCUCACCCCAGUGCCACCAUGCCCAGUGAGAAAAUGCUCACCCCCAAUGGGUUUGAAGCCCACCAUCCUGCCAUGCUUUCCAGGCAUGGGGAACAACAUCUUACCCCACCAUCUGCUGGCAUGGUGCCCAUCAACGGAAUCCCUCAUCACCCUCAUGCCCAUUUAAAUGCCCAGAGUCAUGGACAGAUUCUGGGUUCAAGCAGGGAGCAAAAUCCAUCUUCUGUGACUGGAUCACAAGUCAACAAUGGAAGUAAUUCAGGGCAAAUGGAAGAAAUCAAUACCAAAGAAGUAGCUCAGAGAAUCACCACCGAGCUCAAGCGGUACAGCAUCCCCCAGGCGAUAUUUGCCCAGAGGGUGCUGUGCAGGUCACAAGGGACCCUCUCAGAUCUUCUGAGGAACCCCAAACCUUGGAGCAAACUGAAAUCUGGCCGGGAGACCUUCAGGAGAAUGUGGAAAUGGCUUCAGGAGCCUGAAUUCCAGAGAAUGUCAGCACUGAGGCUAGCAGGUGAGACCAUAUCAAAUUGAGAACCUAUUUUAUACUCUGUGCCCUGUAAAAUCACCCAUUUCUACACACUUCAUUAUGGGGGCUUCAAUGUCCUUAAUUACCAAGCUGCUUUAAUGUAGACUCCAAAAAUAUAUAUCACACUAUAGCCCAAUUAAUGCCCUUAGUGCCCACCUAUCGAUUUCCUGUUCCUCAGUAUUAUUUUUGCACAGUACUCCAUAUUAUUCAAUCUGCAACCUACAAGCUUUUGUCUCCAAGCCUUAGUAAAUGUGUGGGUUUAAUGCAGUGAUCACAUGCAAGCUGUCAGUGAACUCUAGCCAGAUUCCUGAAAAGGGACAUCUGCAAUCUCUGACAUUUUAAAGAAAGGAUCUUUCCUCCCUCUAGAAUAAGCAGAGCUUCAUCCCCCCCCCCACCCUCCUUCCACACACACCACGAUUUAACCCAGACUCUGCUACUAUGUGUCUAAUGUCCUGUCCUGUCAUUAUUCUAUGUGAACUAGUUGACUCUAAUAAAGAAACACUGCAGAAUCACACUUUAUAUUACCACAAUUCAUAAGGUUCUACUCAUUACUGCCACAUCACAUUGAAGAUUUCGAGAAAAAUUGCAAACAUAAAUGAUUGCAACAUUUCUGUGCAGCUUGGACAUAAAUCCAAAAAUAAUAUAAAUAGCAGCUUUUAAAAAUGACACUUAACCCCCAUUCACACUCCCCUCGACCACCAUCCUCUCUACCAACCAUUCUCUUUGUCAAACAAUUAAUAUCGAUUGAUCGAUACAUAUCUGUUCAUCGAUAAAUCAAUACUUGCAGCAACGUGGGUUCUCAGUGAGUCUGUAGCAAAGUAGGACUUUCCUUAAUUCUAAACCCUGAUUUGUAUGUUCUGUGCAAAUAUUGUGAUUACUAAACAAUUUAUUAUCAGAUGUAACAGUGUAGUCUGGAGCAGAUUACAGGUUAGACUAUUGAUUUGGGAAUAGUCCCCUCUUUAGUGUUGGCUUUUGCUGGAAAUGUAGGCUAUUGGUGUGAGCAUUGGUGGGUGACAAUAAGGAUGGCUGAGCCCAAGCACUAUAGACACUUCCCUUUUUAAUGCAGCUUAGAAAAGGAUUCACUUUUUAAUCCGUUUCGGAUGACAGAGAAUGAGGGCAAUGCAUCUAGAGCUGUGUUUGGGUUUCGUUCUAUGAGAUGGUUCCAAUGCUAUAUAUUGUAUGGAUUCUAUGUCUCUAUAGAUCGAAUUCCCCUUCUCCUCUCUAUAUGGCUGCGUUAUACAGAGAGAGAGAUGGCACAAGAGGGACAAUCAUUGGCCCCCCAUUGGUUUAAUGGAUAGAUUGACUGGCAUUUGCCCUGGGUCUCCUCAGCCCAGUCUGCACUGUUUCUGGGUGGAAGGGGGAGAAAGGCCAUUGUGUGUUCUUUUUUUUAAUUUGUGUUUACAAGGCAAUGCAUGCUAGCUAGUUUUAGAGAAAGCGGUGCCUUAUGUGAGGGUUUGUUAAUUAACUGUUAAGUUCUUCAUUAAUGUAUCCCUGGAGAAUGUCAUGCAGUCAAUGUGAGGUGCUGUCAGAGGCGGUGAUCUGCUAUACAGACAGAAAGGGUAGGGCCACAACCACUUGAAAUGCCCUGUGUCUGUGUGUGUGUUCAAUCUGCUCUUAGUAUGUAUGACUCUGAUAAAGAUCUGCCAAGGCUGGGUGACUGUGCUGGGCUGGUGGGGGGAGAUGAGGGGGGGAGGGGGGGUUCUGUUCUAGGUGCUGUUGUGUCAUUCUCAGUGCAAAAUAUUUAACAGCCUUAUAAUAAACACUUUCUGUUUCAUUACACUGUACACAUUUAUUGACUUAUCUAAGUAUUCCUUAUGUACUUUUAAAUACCAGGAUUGUAUUAUUUGUAUUAAAAAUAAAUAAUAAUAAUAAUAAUAAUAAUAAAAUAGAAAAUUAAUAACAUACACCCACAACACUGAAAUCCAAUUAAUGUUAUAUAUGCACAGACAAAUUUAUUUUGGGCAUAGUGUAUAUUUAUUAUCUGAAGGUGUGUGUUUGUAGCACUAUUUACAUAAUAUUUCAUAUUAGAAUUGGUAUUCUUACGUGUAACAAAAAAAGCAACAACAACAAAAACCACAUGCUUGAGAAAAGCAUAAAUAAACAAAACAGUAAAUAAAAUAUUGAGAAUUUUAAACAAAGUAUAAACUAGAGAAUUCUGUAAGAGGCUCAAUGUGUUCCUUUGCCAGAUUCCAGUGAAGCUGAGGAUUGAUCAAGUCUGAGUUAUCUUCCAUUUGGAGUGUAUUUUUACUACAAUUUGGCCGACCCGAAUCUCCAUUUAUUUACAUGAAUCAAUAGUGGAAACAGCUGUUUGAAUUAGAAUGUAGGAUCCCCUUCUUGGCGUUAUCUGAGCAUUAAAUCUGCCACUCUAAAGUGUCUGCUGUAGAGUAGUUACUAACUGAAUACAAAUGAUUUCAUUGUCCAAAGCCUACUGCCAGCCAUUUAAGUACCAUAGCACACACAUACAAACACACAUAUUACACACACCUAUAGAGAAGCUACACCUGAAGAUGUUUGGAUGUGAUAUCAUUAUUUAUUGACUGAUUGUCAUUGUUCCAGCGUUCGACAUUUUUAAUUUUUUUUUUUUUUACCAGCAAUAGGAUAUCAAUUUAGUAAUGGAAUCUAUCUUAAGAAGAAUUCAAUUUAGAAUAAAUUAAUAGAGAAAUUAACUCUUUGAUAGCGUAGUAACUAUAUUAAAAAAGAAAACUAACAAUUUGAAAAAUAUUUGCAAUUAAUGUAGUUCCCAACAGAAUUUUUUUUUAGUCGGUUCAUUUAUUUAUUUUAUUUUUUUAUUUUAGCGAGUUGGUAUUUAUAUUUUUUUAUUAUUAUUAUUUUCAUUUAGUCUCACUAUAAGCGUUAUAGAUCUGUCACUGAAGAAUUAUAUUAAAAUUUUUUUUUAACUAUUAAACAAAAUUAUUGUAAAAAAAAAAGAAAAUCGUGCAAAAUCUUAACAAACCAUUAUUAAUAUGGAAUGAAUUAUAUUUAGCACAAGACAUAUUUUACUAGUUUUAACGCAGCCCGUUUCUUGGCAUUGCAUGAACAGAAUAAUAUAGAAAAUAAUAUAAACAAGAACAAAAAUAACCUAAACAAUUAACAACAAACCUCUGAAACAAAUCUCUAAAAGUUGCACUAAAAAAUAAAUAAGAAUUAUGUAGUUAUUAUAAGUCAUAAACAAUGCUGGUGCCAUUUUUAGUUUGACAAAUCAGAUUUUAUUAAGUAAAAUAACUUUGCAUUUCUACUAAGGCAUUCGUAAUUAAAAUUAAAAAUUAUAAGUUGAUUGCUAUUGAUAUACACCUUUGUCGUUUCUAAAUACGAUUACUGUCCGAGGAAAUAUAAAAUAAAUUCGAUGCUUUAUAUUCUACAAAUCGAUUAUUGUAGUGUAGUACAGCAAAACUUUGCCUAGAGUUUUGGAUAUGUAAAUGAGUUAGUUAGUUAAAUUCUUACCCACGUGUCAUCACUACAUUGAACUAAUUUACAUAUCCAAACACAUACACAAACACACUAAUAUACACUAUAUAUAAAUGCAUUUUUUUUAAAUCUUUUUUUUUCUGUUUUGCGACAAAUACCUUUUACAGCUUUCUAGUAUAUUCCGGAUUAAAAAGUAUAUUUUAAAAAUACAUAAGGUACUACAUUGCAUUCAUCCAGGUUCAUUAUGUCAAAUAUCUUUAUACUCACAUAUUGAUAGGCAGAUUUUAAAAAUAAAAUAAAUCUAUAUUUACAUUAGCUCUACACAUCGACUUGCUGCACCCAAUUACAUUUAAUUAGAUUAUAUAAUAUAAUAAAAUAUAAUAUAAUAUAAUAAAAUAUAAUAUAAUUUAAUAUAAUGUAAAUAUAUAUAUAUAUAUAAAUAUAUAUAUAUAUAUAUGUAUAUAAAUAUAUAUAUAUACAUACAAUACAUACAUACAACUUUAAUGUAUAUGUGCUGUGGGGAGAAAGAGGAAAGAGGGAGAGUUGUGUAGAUUUGUACAUUUUGUAGAUUUGUAUUCUCCAAUAAUCAAGUUGCAGGUUGCACUCGAUGUUUUUCUCCUGUAUUUGUGAUUCAGGAGCUUAGAGAUCACUACAGUUUCAUUUGUUGUGUAGGCUGUGUGUAGUUUUAUUUGUAAAUCCCAGUUUAUCUUCCAGGAAUAUAAUUGCAUACCUGUUUUCAGUGAUCUUGACCUGUGUCCUGAGACCUACAAGUCAUUUUAUAGCCGCCUGGGCAACUCUUUGAAUUACAAUGAUUUUCUACAAUAAUUGUCCUCUAUGGGUGACCAAAUGUUGCUAUUAUGCUCACUUCCAAUACACUCCUGUUCAAUGCAUUUGGGACAUAUUUUCAUCCAUCACAAUAGGUAUUGUUGUAGCAUUCCGUUUAGAUUUAUACUUUUUGUUCUGUGCAGUAUGCCUCUUCUUUGCAAUCUAGGUCCAUUACUUGCAAUAAAUGGACACCAUUAUCAGUCAGUGGGAUUUCACCUUUGCAGAACUAUCAGUGUGAUUCACUGAUCUGACUAUUAUUGGCAGAUUAACAGAUCUAGUUCUGUUUGUUUUUAAUCUGCUAUAUAGCAAAGAGUUCAUGUAACCCCUUUAGUGCCAUUAGAAACUGCAAUAGAAGUUUGCAUUGUCCUACAUUCCCACACACAUACAAAUAUCAUUCUUCAGUAUUCAGUAUUAGAAUCCCAACCAGACCAGUUUAAUACACUUUGAUUAAUCUGAUACAUUGUAGCUAGGGAAUGUUAUUUAAUUUGUUUAUACUCCUUUGGCUAUUUCAGGGAAUUUAUUUCCUUACAAUAAUUUUAUAUAGGUACACUUUACAUUACAUUAACAGAACUAUAUCUUAGAAACCAAGGCCAUUUUAUACUAGGACAGCUGGAAACAUAAACAGAUCAAAUAAGGAAAUUGUUUGAAUGAGGAAGUACAGUUUGCUAAAUAUUAAUUAAAAUGAAUAUGCAAAAGAUGCACAAAUUAAACAAAUUUGGUUAUAUACAUAGGAUACAAAGAUAUGACAAUAUUUUAUAAUUGAAACAAUCAACAGGAAAUUAUGGACCCUUUGUUUCCAUGGAGACAGCUAAACCUUUAGAAGUUUGUUUUACAAUUUCAUUUUAUAAAUAGUCCCUUUGUGCGAUCUUGCUAUUUAAAAUUAAGAUUUAAUUUAAUUUUAAAUCUAAGAUUGUGUAUUUUGUUGAAUUUAACCCCUUUAACUACAUAUGAUUUAGGAUUACCUUAAUACAAAUGGCUUUGCUUUACCCCUGGUGACAAAUAAUUAAAAGGCUUUAUAUUAUAAUCGCUGCAUGUUACACUACCUAGGUGAAAUAUCUUAUUUAUUUAUUUAGUGAAAAGUAUGAAAUAUAUAUAUAUAAAAAAGUGUGAUAAAUAUAUUAAAAAAAUUAAUAAUGAAAUCAAAUGUAGCACAAUAACAUUCAAACACACUGCAUUAAAAACAUGUGCCAUAAUUUAGAAAUCCUUUAUUAUUAUUAUUAUGAUAUUUAUAGAGCGCCGUCAAAUUGUGCAGCGCUUUACAAUGGGUGGACGAACAGACAUGUAGUUGUAACCAGACAAGUUGGACACACAGGAACAGAGGGGUUGAGGGCCCUGCUCAAUGAGCUUACAUGCUAGAGGAAGUGGGGUAAAGUGACACAAAAGGUAAGGAUAGUAUUAGACUAGUGACAGUUGCAGAAGAGGAAUCAGUCGGUUUAUUGUACCCAGCUUCCAUGUUCAUGGACUCAAAUUAAUUUCACCCCAGAGGGUUGCUCGCUCUAGUGUAAACUUACAUAGAAAUUCAAGAAGAAUUUAGAGUGAAUUUCAAAUUUUAGGCCACAAUUCAAACUAAAAACAAAACUGACUUUGAGAAUAUUUUAAAUUUGAUUUUUUUUUGGGGGGGCCCGAAGAUUUAAAAUACACUUUUAAGUCCUAACAAUUCUAAGUCCUAACUUUACAGGGUUAUUCAGUAAAAUGACAAUUGAAAGUGAAUUUUAGAUUUCAGACCAGAGUACCCGAAAUGGAAAAAUUCUCCAACUCUGAUAUGCUUUUAGUUUGACUACUGUGGCCUUAAAUCUGAAAUUCACUUUAAAUUCUCACUUUAACGAAGGGCCCUGUUUAUGAAAUAACCCUCUGAGAGGGAACAUCUGUUUUUUUUUUUUGUGGCUCAGGAAAGAAAACUCUUAGUUAUCGAUAAUAAAUGGAACCCACGGGAAACUUGUUUUUUUUUUGUUCGUUGUUGUUUGUUGAUAAGUGUGUGCUUGCUGAAUGGUAAUUAUUAUCGAUCAUGCAGGAUAAGUUUAAAACUUGAGGUAUUAACAAUGGUUGAAUAUAUUUUGGAUCUCCGGAGGACCUUCAUUAGUGUAAGCAAAGAGUUGUUUAUUUUUGUUGCAUUGUAUAUAAAAGCAUAUAUUUUACCCAAUGUUUUGCACUGGGGCCAAUCCACAAAGGUCCAUUAUGAAUCCACGUGAUCUGCGAGCCUAAUUACUUGUGCCUGAAUCGCAGCUGUUUUUACUAGCUACCAAAACUUUGACCAAGUUGAGAAUUAGGACAAUCUGCAACCUAGUUGACUUGAAACAGAUAGCUGACUUGAAGGGCUUCCACAAGCUGAAUAUUUAAUUAAAUAUUGAUCAAGAGGUGGUUUCAAACUGACUUUAGUGAAUAUAUGCAAUAGUUGACAUAUCACCCCUUUUUUUACACAGUGCAAAAAAAUUAUAUAUUUAUUUAAGUUAGACUUAAUGCUCUUUAGAAAUAAACUUUUCAAUGUUUUCGACUAUUUAACUGGAUAGUCUAGUACAGGGGUAGGCAACCUUCGGCGUAGUCUUGGUCUAGUAACUAUCAAAAAGUAACCAAAAAGAUAGGAAACUCAAACAGACCCAUCUUUAUGGAAAACAACUUGCAACCAAAGAGUAGUCAAGAAUUUCAAGUGCUAUCUAAAGUGAUAUGACUCCCUUGUUCUUACGUAUUUCUUUUAUUUUGCAAUGAAAUUCAGGGGACCUCACUUUUUAUCUAUUCUAUCGAUUUUUAAAAAUGUAUAUUAAUUUUCCAUUCAGUGCUGCUACAGGGAUCAGUAUGUUGAAAGUGUUAAUUCGAACUUUGUCCCAGUUGCUAUGGGAAUUUAUUGCCACAUGCUAUUUUUUUUACCAUUUGCAAUAUGGUAAAGUCCACGUGGUGGUCUGUACCAGUUGCAGCAGACAUUAGUAUUGUGCAGAUAUUAAAGGCACUGGUGAACCUUGGAAACUUGUUGUGGCUGCAAAUAUCUACCAGUUGCUAGUAAUGACAGUUUAUGACUGAUAUUUUCCAACAACAUUGGAAAUAAGCCCUUAGUGUCACUUCUGCUGAUCCCAUCCAUUUGCCUUUCGUAUUGUUUUUUAUAUGUACAGUUUACAAUUUUUCUUUAAAUAUUUCAUUAAUUAUCAGUAAGCCACUAGUUUUCUUUAAAAUGAAUACUCUUCUAAAAAUAUAAACUAUUCAACAUAACUCCAAAAGAACACAUGUAGGUCCCACUGUAGGCCCUUCCCUUUUCCCCUGCUCAUACUUAAUGUGGCUGUCCAAUCCCAGACUUCUCAAUGAAAUCUAUUGGAGCUCAAUGACAGGUCUCUGGGCAAUUGCCUGCCUCCUGGGUUUAGCACCACUGAGCUAAAUAACCAGGAAGUAACAGGGCCAGGUGACAGAUUGACAGCCAGGGAGGUGUAGCAAGGUUAAUUUAUAAAUGAGCCAAUUUAUAGUGAAAUCUACACUUUUAUAAAAUAAAAUAAACAUUUAAAAAAAAUGUCCGGUUACAGGAUAAAGAGGUGUAGAUUUCUACAUUUAAUUUUAUCUUUUUACACUUUACUCGUACAUAUUAGAUAAAUAUAAGAGUAAAUAAACAUAAUAUUAUAAAUCAUUGGAAGUGACAUUUCUCUUUAACUGCAGGAUUGCCUACUGAUAAGUUCCAAUCUUAUCGCGAUAUAACUGAGAUGUCUACAUUGGUUCAGGUUUGCUGAGGUUUAACCUGGCCCAUGUAGAGUCCGAAAGAUUAAAUACUGAGUAUCCUCUACAAACCUUAUUCAACUGGCCUCCUAAUAAAAUUUUAAAGAAUAAAUCUCCUAACAAGAUUGCAAGCUCAAUCAGUCUGAAAUCUAGAUAUUUUAAUGUAAACACGUUUAUCUUUUAUUUAUUAAAUGUUGUUAUACAAUAUUUCCAUGAUGGAUGAGACUGCAUGGACCGUAAAGCAGGCUCUGUAAAAUAAUUUAUCUUUACCUUAUUCAUCUCACAGCAGCCUUCAUAGGAGCCAAGACACCUUAAUGACAAUAAGUGAUAAAGGAAACUUAAUUCUUCCAGGUUCCUAAAGAUCAAAUAUUCACCUCUACAUAUGCUAUGACUUGUUCAGUUCUGUAUUUCUUCUGCAUAUUUCCUUUAACCAUUUGUAUAACAAACACAUGAGAUCAAUACUAGAUGUACGCCAGGAUAUACUGAGAUUGUAGUCGUUUUUCUGUAAUGAGAAUCACAAUUCCAGACUAAUUUGUGAUUUAAUGUUCUACUCACUGCUGUCCAAUACAUAUUUUUGGAAUUUGUCUUUUAAAUUAGGCCAUAUCACUUGCACUGGAAGGCUGUUCCAUUCAAACACUACCUCCGUAAAGUUGUAUUUCCUAUUGUUGCACCUAAAUUGUCCACAUUUUAAUAUUACAGAGUAGUAUAUUUUUUAAUAUUGCGAGCAGCCAAAUUCUAUGGAAAAUGGUUACAUAUUCUACUUACAUUUAUUAACAUAAAUCAGGUUAAGCCAACAAGCUCAACAUAUUAUUAUUAUUAUUUUUAUAUAACCAAGCUAGAGAAAGUUUAGCAGAAAUUAUAACUAGAACAUUGGACUGUUUUUCAAAGCAGACUUGAUGAUCAUGGAACUAACAAAACAAACAAAAAAACAACCAAACACAACAGUACAGACAAACAAACAAACCAGUGAACAGGUUUUUUAACAUGAUUGCAUCAAAGUCAUAGACAGUUUGUAAAGCACUGUGUUAGACAAUUUCAGAAAUCAGUGCCACUUUUUCUACCUUUUACUAAAAAAGUGUCACAGUGUAUUUACAUGUAUCGUUACUCUGAUAAGUCCAUCGCAAACACAUAGUACACUUUACCUACCAAUUACCAUUUACCUGGAACUUUUAAUUCAUUUCAAAUUAGUUGAAGUUGCUUAAUUGUGGAGAUUUAUACAAAUAGAAGCCUGGGACAAAAUUGUCAAAGUGUUGUAAUAAACGUAGAAAUUAACAGAAUGUUCUUAUCACUUUUCUUGAUUAAUGUGGCAAUUGCUCAAAAAAUUGUAAACAUUUACUAUUAGAGUUAUUUAAAAGGUGACUUCCAAACUGAAGUGGUUUUGAUGCCUGGAGUAUCAUUGCAGACACAUUGCAGUUAAGACUAAGUCUAUCUUAAAUGAAAAAAACAUUGUUUAACCUGCUUGCCUGCCUCUAUGCAAGACUAUUGUGUCACCACUACAAUAUGCUCAUUCAUGAACUGGCUUUAUAUCCAUUCAUCAGACAAAGCAUCAUUGAGAAAGAUGAAAAUUACAUUUGGCAACAUGUGGUAUCAUGGUCAUCUGAAACAACCUUCUGUACUACAAAUACUGCUUAAGUUAUUAUUAUUAUUAUUAUUAUUAUUAUUAUUAUUAUCAUUAUAUUUGUAUAGCGCCAACUUCCAUAGGGCUUUACAAUGGGUGGACUAACAAACAUGUAAUUGUAACCAGACAAGUUUGAUGCACAUAAAUAGAGGGGUUGAGGGCCCUGCCCAAUGAGCUUACAUGCUAGAGGGAGUGGGGUAACGUGACAUAAAAGAAGGAGUAAAGACUGGGUGAGCGUCUAAUGGAAAAGGGAAGGGAGUUCCACAGGAAUGGUGCAGCCCUAGAGAAGUCUUGUAUGCGAGCAUCAGAGGUGGGAGUAGGAACAGAGGAUAGACGCAGGUCUUCAGCAGAACUUAGGGGCCUAGACGGGAUAUACUUGUGUAGUAGGGAGAGUAGAUAGGUGGGAGUAGAAUUAUGUAGAGAUUUGAAAGCAAGAACCAGAAUUUUAUAUUAAACCCUAUAUCUUACGGGAAGCUAAUGCAGGGACUGACAGAGAGGUGAGGCAUGGGAGGUGCAGGCAGACAGGAAGAUGAAACUCGCAGAUACAUUUAUUAUAGACUGCAAUGGGGCAAGUUGGGAGCACGCAAGACCAGCGGAUUGCAGUAGUCAAAGCGAGAGAGCACAGUGGCACGGACCAGCAUCUUAGCCGCAUCUGGCGUUAAGUAGGGGCGGAUCCGCGCAAUGUUUUUGAGAUGGAAGCAGCAGGAUUUGGCGAUCGACUGGACAUGAGGGAUGAAGCAGAGGACGGAGUCAAAGAGAACACCUGGGCAGCGAGCCUGUGUGGUGGAGUUGAUGGUAGCACCAUUAACCUGGAGGGAGACAGAAACAGGAGUAGCAACGCCUGAGAGAGGAAAGACCAGAAGUUGAGCUUAAGGAAGUGGGCAGCCAUCCAAUUAGAAAUAGCAGAGAGGCAGUCAGAGACACUAGUCAAGAGGAGCGGGGAGAGAUUGGGGAGGACAGAUAGAUUUACGUGUCAUCUGCAUAGAAGUGAUAUUAGAAGCCAAAGGAGCUGAUGGGUUUACCAGGGGAGGCAGUAGGGGACCAAGGACUGAACCUUGAGGGACACCAACAAAGAGAGGUUGGGAGGAAGAGGUAGAGCCAGAGAAAGAAACACUGGGUGAAGUAGGAGGAGCACCAGGAGGGAGCAAUAUCUUAGUGUCAAAAAAACUAUUUGAAUUAUACACUGCUUUACAAUACAAGUUAGGGAUAAAUUAACUUUCUCUGACUAAUAUCACAUAGAUAUUUUGAUCUGACCAUUAAACAUAAACAUAACUUUUUUUUGAAUUUACACUCUAUUUGGAUUCCUAAAUAUUAAAAUUUUACAUUAAUGUACUGUAUCACAUUGUUGAGUAAUCCACACAUUUCCUUAAAUGGACACUAUAAGCACCAAAGCAAGUUCAACUUAAUUUUGAUUUUGGUGUAUAAAUCAUACCCUUCAGUCGUACUGCUCAAUUCCCUGCCUUUAAGGAGUUCAAUUACUUUGUAUUUGCAACCCUAGCCACAUCUCCCUGCAUGUGACCUGUACAGUCUUCCUACACAUUUCCUGUAAAGAGAGAUCUAAUGUUUAAACUUCCUUUAUUUACUUUAGAAUUUUCUUUAUAUCCUGCUUUGUUACUAGCUUCUGAAGCUUGAUGGAGCCUGUGUGAGUAAACACACUGUGUUGUCAUAUCUGAUUUGUCAUGUAGGCUGUGUGAGUCACAGCCAAGGUAGGUGUGCACAGAAACAACAGUGCUUUAACUCAUAAAUGGCAGAGAAUUGAGCAGUGAGACUGCAGAGGCACAAUCUAUACACUAAGACUGUUUCAUUAAGCUAAAGAUGUUUUGAUUCUUAGAGUCUCACUUUAAAGACUAACUAGGUCAGGUUUCAGUUUUUUACAGUAGGGAAGGAUAUUAUUUAUUUGGUCAUCAUAUGUACAUCACUUGACAAUCACAUAGGAUAUGAUAGAAUAUCUAUGGAAUGAAGUUCAUACUUAUUUAGACAUAAGUAAUUUGAUUCAUUUGAAAUAAUGUUUAUCUGAGAAGGAUAGCUAUAGAGAUCUCUAGACAAUGUUGAAAACUUCAUCUUCCUAGACUAAUGUACAAUUUGACAUUAUAAGGCAGCAUUGCAUUUCACAUUAUAUAGAGAUUAGAUUUUUAAAGGUAAUCAAAUGUCAUGUUCUUAUGACCUUUUACCCAACAUUGCAACGUUCCACAUCUACAGCAAUACCCAUGGUUUUGUACGUAAUUUGGUGAAUUUACUAGAUCUGUCUGCUGUCAAAUGUCAAUAUUUCAUGGGUUCCUGGUAAAUAACACGCUCUUCAUUUUGGUUAUGUAACCAUAAAAUAAUAUUACAAAAUUAACUUGGUAAAAAUAUUUGUGCCAUUUUAGUUCAAUUCUUUUUCCAUUGUUUGCAAUAAACUUAGCACACCAGGUGCAUACUUAGUCUGGCUUAGGGUCACAGCAAAUGUAGUUCACAAACAUCUGGAAUAGCCAAGGUUAGCUAACAGUAUGACCUAUUCCUUCAGUCUUGUGAGCUUUAAUGCGUUAAUAUUAUAAAAUAAAAUUAGGUUUUUAACAGAAAUAACUAUUACAAUAAUUUCUGAAAGUGUAGAGCUGAGGCUUCAGCAUUCAUGUAAAUAUAAAUUAAUUUUUUUUUUUAAUUGUCGAUCCAUAUUAAAUUGGGUCUAGCCGUAACUAAACUUAAUGCAUUGUCUUAAAAGUGGUAACGUCACUUGUCUAGAAAUGACACUAAUGAAUUAAACAUUGAAAAUCGCCUAUUACUAUUUAUAAUCAUUAAAUGUAUAUUGAUUGAUAUCACAGUUCAGUUCGAUCCAAUCUAGGCACAGCCAGCGCACACAUUGCUUUGCUUCUCUUUGUGUUGAUUGACAGGUACAAACAGAGCUUAUAACAAAAAUUCACAAGAAGCCUAAAUGGAGGCGCCCAGUCAUAGGAUAAAGGUAAAUAAAGCAGUGUGAUUUAAAAAAAUAAAUAAAAUAUUUUAUGAUUCAGUGCUCACAAACACAUAGAAGCUAAAUAUAUGGGAUAAGUAAACAUAAAAUUAAAAAAUCUUGGACAAGAUGACUCCCCUUUAAAGUGUUCUGGCUGGAGAUAUAAUAGAACCGGGUUCUAACUAUAUUUAAAUUUUCCAUAAAUCUAAUGUACAAUUUCUAGGAGUUCUAUCCCACACAGUAAAUCAGCAUUUCUCAAAAUGUCUAAUGUGGUUGUUUGACCGUAGAUUAGAAGUGAUGCUCUGAACUCUGCACUUAUGAUUAAUAAGUGAGUGGAGAUAUCGCAGCGAGUGACCCUUUUAAAGGUCACUGAACUAUAUCUGGCCAUUAGCUCACUUUCAGUCUUAUGACUAUAUGCCAUAAUGUGACAUUAAGGUAACUUUGUUAAUGAAUAAACACAUCUGAAUAGUAAGCCAUUGUUUUUAUCCCAUGAGAAUUUACUUAAUCACAGAACUGUGAAUUGGUUUCAAAACUCCGAAAAGAUAAGCGGUGGCAGAGCCAAUGUUUUCCUUUUGUAAAUAAUGACUAAAAUAUCACUCGGAUUAAAAAAGCAUGAUAGUUGUCUAAUUGUUGUCAAUUUUUGAUGACUACCACAGGUAGUUAGUAUCUCUCUCUCUCUUUCUCCCUCUAUCUUUCUUUCUCUCUCUCUCUUUCUCUCUCUCUCUUUCUCUCUCUCUCUCUUUCUCUCUCUCUCUCUCUCUCUCUUUCUCUCUCUCUCUCUUUCUCUCUCUCUCUAUAAAACAGAUACAUUUGUAUCUUGUAAUACCUUUUUUACAACAUUCAAAUAUAUAUUAUACUGAAUUAGGGUACUUUAAAAUAAAAUAGUAAAUAGCAACUAUAUCAGUUGUGAGUCUGAAUAAAUAAAAUUUUAUUUUAAUUAAUUCAAAUGUUUUCAUCUAAUUUAGAUACGUUAAACAUCCCAUGAUUUUUGUAUUAUGUUUACUUAGCCUCUGUAUUUAAAAUGUAUAUAUGUCUGCAAUGGCGGUACUAUCACCGGGGCAGUCAGUGCAGAUGCACAGGGGCCUAUUGGGCACACUUGCGGCCAACCGAUGGGCAUCUCUGAUAAGAAGCCCAGUCAGGUCCCCAGCCCUUUUGCAGUACGACUGGGCCUCUGUCAGAUCAGCAGAACAGAAAGGUAGUGAGUAUAGGUCACUUCCUCCCGGCUUACUGGCAUGCGGGCGGGGGGAGGUUGGAGAUGAGAGAACCUGGACCAGACCCAGACUCCCAAGCCUCAGCCAGAUCCCAAUGGAUCCCUGGAGAAGCCACCCUCCCCUUGUACCAGUCAUCUGUGUUAAUUCCACUGAUGUGUGUUUGCAACGUCUGAAAAAUGAAACUAAAUGAUAAAAUCCACACUGCUAUAUUUACUACCCUUGAACUAAGUGAGUCCAUCUUGACUCCUUGACAAUAACUCUUUGAAGCUCCUUCAUUUCCCGGUUUUGAACAUAAUAUGUGGAGGAACAAUAUAUCUCAAAAUGUGAACUAUUGGUUUCUCCCAGAUACUAUUAACGGGAAUCAGACAUGACCUCUUUUGUUUCUUCUUAAUAAAAUUUCUCCUCUACCUAAAUUUAUGUUGUGCUUCUCCAAAGAAUUCUUUGUGCAUACCAAAUCUAUUUAGUUCUAACAUGGAAUGCCCAGUGUGUGUUCGUCUGAGCAGCUCAAAUAUACUGUGUGAAUCGGUAUAGAUUGUAUUAAUUAAAAAGUGUGCAUGCUGGCGUGGUUAGUUGGUAACCAACUUGCAACAUUCAUAGUAAAAUAGCUAUAAAGACUUUAUCCUGACAAAGUAACUAAGCCCAGCCUAUGUGGCUAUUACCAAAAGCAGGAAUUGUGGAUUACUGUUAAUGACGUACAAAAUAUCUGUGAAAAUAACUAUGAAAAUAGUUUAACUUUAUCCACAUUUACUGCACAUGUGUGAAAUCCAGAGAUAUCGCCAUGGGGUGAUCUAGUAAACUAUGAAUUAGGGCGAAGUGACAAACAGAAUACAAAUAUAGGUCGUUUUUCUUUUCCAAUUUGAACAUAUUUGGAAAUAUAUACAUUUACACUGGUGUGACCCAUUUAAUUGCAGGAGAGUGUUUCAUCCGUACCAGCAGAAAUUAGUAGAGCAGGAAAUACCAGCUAUGGAAAAGAAACUCCCAUCACACAAAACCAUGCUUUGUAAAUGAGUAAUAAUGGUACAAUAAGGUUUGGACAUAAAAAAAGAUGUUAUGUAAUUAUUGUGAUAUAUAUCUAUUUAUGGACUACGUUGUAUUGACUUCCAGAGUACUUGCUGUGAAACUUACAUAUUACUAGAUUAGUCAUUCAAUUUGUUAAAUUAUAAUAUAUCGAAUUUGAGAGCCAAGAUUUGGUUGCUAUAGCAACUUGGCCUCCCUUUGUACUGCAGGCAUCGUGCACAGUUGGAGGACACAACGUCUCAACUUAACACUUUUAUUGCCAGACAGGCGUGCCCUACUAACCUAUCAGAAAAAUUAAAUGACACUCACAUUUCAGGGGAACGAUGGGAAUAGUCUAAACAAAAUGUCUGCUCAGGUUUGUAUUUUACGGGAAACAAAUAAAUAAUAAUUUUCUCAAUUAAAACUAGCAAAAACCUUGUAUCUCAGUUGUUAGGUUAAUUGAAAUACAUAUAGAAAUCCUAAAACUAUUUUAAAUAAGUGCAGAUGUCUUGUAUGGCUAUCUACAUUUCUAGAACUACAACAAUAUGUUAAUAGUCAUUGAUAUUUGUAUAUUUAAUGGAUUUUCUAGUGUCAUUGUAGGUGUAUCUUUACAUACCUGUAGAUUGACAGAGAGGUGGUUUUAUUUAGAAUUUCAUCUGAAAAAAGUAUCUUUCAAGGAUGCAAUUAUUAAACUCCAGAUAUUAGUGUAAUAUCAUGUUACCCAAUGAGUACACUUAUUCCUCGUUUCCAGUGAGCGGUAUGAUUCGGGUUGGUACGGUUCGGAAGGGUCAGAAUUAUCCAGCCUAUUCAGACGAGCGUUUCCACUGCAAGUUGGAUCGUCAGGGGUUUAGACCAAAUGCCUAGCGUGUCAUUUGUUGUAAGCAUUGAUGUUUUCCUGUCCGCCAAUCAAUGGAAUGUAUAGUGUGACGCCAGUACUUCCGCCCUAAUCGUACCGUACCAUUUCCUAUGGACCUACAUCUGAAGGGGGCCCAGGAAUGGUGCAGUUUGGUUCAGUUGUAUGGGCCACUUUCAUAAUGGAAACACUCAAAAUAGCAUACCAGAUCGUACUGACCCGCUCAGUGGAAACGGGGCAUAAAUCUUUUCAAAAAAUAUUCAAUGAUCUUGUUCUUUUUAUCGAAUGGCAUAUUAGUGCUUGCUGCUGCUCUAACACUAGUCUGUAGUUAGCAUAUCAGGGGUACGUCAACUCAGAUCCCCACGUGGUUCACAUAACUUGGCUAAGUUGGUUUCACAAUUUGGUUAUAGGUCAUGGUUGUAUGAAUACCCAACUUUCAGCAUUUGCAACAGAAAACUGCCAUUUUUCUAGUCCAGCCUAACUAACCAAGCAACAUAAAGGCAGCUGUAAUUGAUUUUACAAGCAACUUGCCUUUACCAACUUUUUGUGAACAGAACCACAGCAAUAAAAAUAUAGAAUAAAAUGGAUAUGCUUAAUUGAAGUUGGUCGCACCCUGGUUUCAUCCAUAGGUGGUCAACAGAGUGGAUGUGAGUGAGGGCAUGUACACCCCUGAAUGCUAUUGGUGGCAGCAUGUUUGUCAAUGGGGAACGCUGUCCUUGGCAAUUAUGGGUUAUACAUAUCCCACUUCCCUCCUCUGUGGUGACCAUCUGGUAGAAGACAUCAUGAGAUUUCAGGUAAGUGUAUCCUUUAGUCUAUAUAUUUCUGGUAAAUUUUCAAGCACAUUGGGUGUUAUAUGUAAAGUGUUAUUCUGGGUCAAACUUCUAAAAAUCGAGAAGUCGCCAUGGAAACCAAAGUAAUCUUUAUACUGACUGCUCUAAUUUUAGAAUUCUGCCCUAGAAGUGUUCUUUAUUCAUAACCCCAAAUAUUUUAAUUACAUUUUUUUAUACCUACCAGAGGAAUUUUCACUUGCAUCCUUUGUGGAUAAAUGCCACAUUUUAACUUUUUCUAAUUACUUGCCAUUCCAGAUUUUGUUAUGUGCAAUCUAUUAACUUUAAGCGGAAAAGCAAAGUUUCUUUUUUUUUUUGCUUAACUGCAUUUUGUCUGCCAGUUCGAAAAUUGACCUCAUAGUGCUAGACAGUGGGGAGACACAGCCAUAAAAGAUGUAUUAAUGUAGUCAGUGCAAGUUAAAAAUAUUUAGCUUGAAAAGCAACUUAAUGUAAUUUACUUUUAAAUAGCUUUGCUAACAGUUAAUAUAAGGUUAACCUAUAAAAAAAAUAAUAAUAAAAUAAAUUGCAAUUGGCACAUUGACAAAGCUGUGGAGGUGGCCACCUUUGGCAUGCAUCACCAGGUUAAACUUUAUACCUGCUGAGACAUACUUACUAUUAACAAACAAACCAAUAAAAGUCUGCAGACAGCAUGUGCUGCUUACAGCCAAUUAGAAUAUCAGAGAGAAUAUCUCCCUUCAUUCUUUGAUAUAUAAUAGUUUGCCAAGUCAACUUGUUUAUUCAUUAAAAAAAAAAAAAACUGAAAUAGAUUUUUAAAUAAUCAUCGAGGAGGUAUAUGCAUUUAUGUUAUGUGCACACAAACUUUCCGAGGACGGAGCUGCUUUAACGUUACAAUUAUCACUGUCAAUAAAUGACUGACAGCGUACAUUGAGGCACCUAAUUGCAUUUAAAUCUGUUUAAAUUCAAAUCAACUUGUUCUGCAAAUCUAAAUUAUAAUAAAUUGCAUUUAGAUAUUCUAAUUUACAUGACUAAUUCAUAACUUAGUUUAUGCUUUGCAAAAAUCAAUAAAACAUCAACGGGAUUAUAAUGGUCUAUCAAGGAGCCAUCCUUGAAAACCCACAUUUGAACGUUAUCAGCCCCAUUAAUUUCACCUUUAUGUUCAGCACACAUUAGCUUGUACACACUCAAAUUAUUAAAGCAUAGUUUAGUUGUGGUUUUCCAUUGAAAUAUCUUCUCUUCUCAUCUCCUCAUUGGCAAGGCAGGAUUUAAGCUUUAGGCAUAUCACAUAAGUGUGUUUAGUUAUUACGUUUCAAAGGACAAUCUGUUAUGUACAAAUUAAAUUGAGAUCCAGUGUGAUAUUACUGAGUCUAUGAAUCAUGUGUUAAACAUUUCUUGUUACAGAGAUAUUUAAUUACAGAACAGAACAAUUCAAAAUGUGUUGUGUGCUUAGCUUGCUAUAUUGGUAUCUACUGAAGGUUUGAGUUAUAGAGAUAGGAAGAAAGCAUUGCACAGAUAUCACUGUGUCACCAUUCAAGGUAAUUUGACCUGGGUAGAUCAUAUGUUUAUAUUUGUAGCUGGGCUACUUUUUUCAGUUUAAAAAAUGUUGGACUCUGGGACCUUUAAGACAAGGAGAUCAUGUUCGAGAUGAGCAACCUCGUCUUUUCAAACUUCAGCAUACUAAAGGCUGAGGUCCUCUGGCCCAGAAUUCUCAACUCAGAUCUCAAAGCAUGCCAACCUACCGACCUUUAGGCAAUUCCCAUUACAGCUCAAUUGAAGAUAUUGACAACAUCCUAGACUGCUGAUGCGUCUUGACAACCUGGUUGGUAACUUCUGCUGCCCAGAGGUUCUCAACUCACCAUUCUUCAAUGAUCUCCAGCUGUUCCAGUACAGCUUUUAUUGAUUCCCCCAAUGGAACAAAUUUAGACUCUUUAAAGCAAUGACAAGUGGUGUUCCUUGAAAGAUCCCUAUAGUGUUAGAAUUCCAAAACUGUAUUCCCAACACUAUAAUGUCCCUCUACCUCCACACCCCCUGCCCGCUUCGCCCCGACUACAGGCAGUCUUAACCCCGUUUCUCUGAAACUGCAAUGUUUUGACUUGCAAGGUUAAAGGGACAAUGCACUGCACCCAGACAACUAGUGUCCCUUUAAGGACUAUGAUUCCUUGAUCUAUCCUAAUUUAACUUAAAGGGUCAGUUAUGCCUAUUUGCAAAUUGCUUUUACACGAAAGAACACUCUGAAAUAGGAUCACAUAUAUGUAUGUGUUGCAAGAUUUACUUAGUACGUGUGAUUGUAGCAGGAAUAAGCCCAGUAGGAGAGAGAAAGAAUAAUAGAAUAGAAUCAUUAUUCUGAUUGGUUGUCUUGUGGUUGCAUCCAAUAGGAAUACAGCUGAGAUUCUAUUAAUAGUGAGUGACCAGACAAUAAACUGCAGAAAAUGAAAGAAUAGCAAUACGCAAUCUAGGUCAUGUGACUAAAUGUUGCUCAUUUUGCUUUGUAUUGCACCAAUAAAACCUGCACUAGUUUAUGGAAUAGACUGCUCAUAUUAUGCAACUUGAAUGCUCAACUAUCACAAAUGAAGAAGCCCUGGUAAUCCUGGUAAGAAAUCUUUAAGACAACUUUAUAACUAAAAGCCUUAGAGGCCAUAGUACUGUGUGCAGAACGAGCACCAAAAUGUGCAUGUCCAUACAAGAUUACUUUAUAAUAUAUAUAUGAUCACAACAGAUUCAAUCCUAGGUUGUAUCCUUCAAAGCAUGUACAAAGCUUAAAAUGAAGGACAAAACGAUGUAUUUGGCAGAAGUUUCAGAUCUAAAAAUUCCAGAUUUCAUUCCUUCUGGAGUGUACUAUCUGUCAGAUAUGGUCAGGGUCUUAACGUCAGAAACCUUUACAAAAUACAAAAGGCCAAUGUAACAUUUAUUUUUGUAAUAAAACUCAGAUUAAUUAGAAUAUUUACUAUCCUGAGAAUGAACAGUCAACACAAUUCAUAAAUAUAUUAAUUUAUCUAAUGAAUAAAAUAAAAAUAACUUGGCGUUGUGAUUGGUUACGAUAACUUUGUUCAUUAAAUGGUGAGAUAUGGUAAAAGCUAAACGUGCAGCGUAAAGGUCAGACUAGUUAAGCUGAAAAAAAUAUCCAACACUCCACUAUUCUUCUCUACUUGAUUAUUUUUCCUUAACUUUUGCAAGUUUUUUUUUUUGUUUGUUAGUUUUUUAAUUUUGCAGAUCAGUGACAGCAUAUACAUAAACAAAUAAAUAAAAUACUUUAUUUUGAUUCUGGAGAGAAUUUAAUUUGGCUCUUCUGGAUAACUGUCAGCCUAGGGCAGUGAUAGGAUUUCUUGCAUGAAUUUGAUAUGGUAGAUAAAAUUGCCCAUGCAUUUUCACUUAAUUAAUACAUUUAAGGUCAAUUGAAAUCCCAUUAGUAUCCAGUUUUCAUUUACAUUUGUCAUAUAAGUAUCCAAUAAAGGAAAAUUAAUAUAAAUUCUGACAUCAGCACUGAUUGUGCUAAUUCCGGACAAUCAUGUAGAUUCCAAAAAUAAUUUCAAAGUUGUAACGUUCAAUAGGAAUACAGAGAUUCCCUAAAAUGCAUCUAAAUUGCCUUCGAAUGUUACCAUGCAGAGAUAUAUUCAGAGAUUUCAGCUUGUCUGCUUUUUGCAAGUGCCAUAGAAAAAUCUGUAGACCGCCUGCUGGCUGCACCACAGGUGAAUUGUACAAAGGAGAGAUGUAUACAAGAUGUGCAAGAAGGAAAGAAGAUGGAGGAAUCAGGUAUUUCAGAAAACAAAUACCACAUUUCUAGCUAAUGUUUAGAAAAAAAGAUAAAAAGACAUCAUUGCGUGUGAUUCAUUGCACAUAGGUAGGCUUGGUACACGCAAUGGUUUUGACUAAUUAAAGAGAUGCAUUAAUGAUAUUUUUUAAUUAUUAUUUUUUGGUGGCAACAUGUUAAGGAGCACUUAACAGUAUAGAACAAUAAAUAAAAGAGAACGCAUUGUGCACAACAGAUGGAAGAAUCGUAUAAUUAAGUUAUUCUUAUUUAUUGCAGAUUUUUUUUUAAGCUAUCCUACGUUAGACAAGCCUGUAUCACGCUUUUUUAAAAAUUGAUAUUUCCAAAUCUGCUAUUAAUUUAUAUUGGAUUAUGUGUACCUAAUGCAAGAAUGUCAUUGUUUAGAGUGCAGUGACAUAGUGUUGUCUCACUACAGCAGGAGUAGGCAACCUUCGGUAUGCCAGGUGUUGUAGACUACAUCUCCCUUGAUGCCUUGCAAGCAUUAUAGAUGUGAAAGAAUUAUGGGAGAUGUAGCCCACAACGUCUGGAGUGCCAAAGGUAGCAUACCCCUGUGCUAGAGCAUAAUCGUAAAUAUGCUAAACUAUCAUGAGCGUAAUGUUUACAUACGAUGUAACAGGUGUAAACAAAUGUAAACAUUACAUCUAAUUUGUCCCUCCUUUAAAUGAGCUGCCCACUUCUCAGUUGCUGAAUAUAAUAUCGUUAGAUAAGGUUCCCAAAUGAUUUGUUAUUUUUGGAUAAACCUUUAAAAUUGUAGUAUUAAGAUAUCAAAAAAUAUAUCACAUAUAAAACAUACAUUCAAAAAACUAUUUGAAUAUUAAAAUGUUAAAAUAUUUGUUUUAAUAAUAAGUUAAGUAAAAGUUUUUGCAAAAAUGUUAAAGGGUCACUCCAGGCACCCAGACCACUUCUGCCCAUUGGAGUGGUCUGGAUGCCAAUUCCCACUACCCUUAACCCUGCAAGUGUAAUUAUUGCAGUUUUCAUAAACUGCAAUAACUACAUUGCAGGGUUAAGUCCUCCUCUAGUGGUUGUCUACUAGACAGCCACUAGAGGAGACUUCCGUGUUCAAAUAACAUGAAAAGUGGCUUAAAACUACGCUGGACGUCCUCACACUAUGGGGAGGUCUAAUGCGCGUGCGAGGCCAUUGCUGCGCAUACGCAUUAGGUCUCCCCCACCGACGGACACGCAUGCGCAGUAGGUCUCCCCCGCCGGCUGGCAUCAGUAGGGGAAGAGCGUAGGCAGAGCCUGACAUCGGCGCUGGACUCCGGUAAGUCCCUGAAGGGGUUUUAACCCUUCAGCAACUUGGGAUGGGGGGUGGGAGGUAGAGGGGAUCUAGAGGGUCCUGCAGUGCCAGGAAGAUGAAUAUGUUUCCCUGGCACUAGAGAAUCCCUUUAAAUCAUUUGGAAAGCUUAUUCAACAAUAUUCAAUUGGGCCUAAUUCAGCUAUUCCAAAGCCGUGUCAUAUUUGAACCGAUCCUGUUGGUACAGCCAUCCGUUCAAAGCACAGCCUAUGUAUAAACAGUUACACAGUGUAGUCAUGCUAUCAUAAUGACAUCCAUAUGGCAUCAAUUGAAACAGCGAUGAACAGCAGAUUAAAUUCAAGAGGAGAAUACACUGUGGAGGUCCUCAGGAGCCACAGACCAUCAUCAAACUGUGCAGACCUCUGAGCCCCCAACUAAAAGCCCACGUCUCAGCACUUGACACCCUGAAGUAUCCAGCAUGGCUACCUAGCCCUACUACUAUUUUCUAUUAACAAAUGUCUUGCCCUCCAACUACAAUUAUAUCAGGGACCAGACCCCUUUUGCUGUUGUGGUUCCUAAUAAAGUGCCUGUCUUGAACCAAGGAGUGCCUGGACCUCUAUUACUUUACUAGGGGUCUGUUAUCCAACAAGUGUCACCCACAUUAUUUUGCAUCUCUUUGAGAGAGUUGGGUGAAGUCCAUAUGUGUGUUGGCAGCCAUGUAGUUCUGUAGAGGUAAGCCAGUAACCUCAUAUUUGCUUGAAAGACACAAAUAUCUCAAUGUUUUGAAAAAAUAGAUCCUAUAAGAUCAUCAUGUUCUGAAUUUCAGGAAAUGAGAAGGAGACCACUGGACCAGAAUUAGAGAACGUGAGCUCCACUCAUUUAAUGUUAGCCUAAAUCAGGGACAAAUAGCAAGCUGGAUAUCUAAAUUAAUGCAAUACGAACGUCAAUCUCUAGAUGGGAUUGGUGAGGCACAUUGAUCAAAUUGAAUAACAAGCCACAAGAAUUCAGGCCUUGGAUGAUGAAUGGAUCUCUGUGUUAACUACCGCUUUGGACAACCAGAGCAGCUCAUAUGAGUAUCAAUUUAUUCAGUACAAUAUCGGGAUUACAAUCUGCCUAAUAAUCAGUAGACUAUUUCCAGAUAGACUACAUAAAAUGGAGAUGAAACAAGUUCUGUAAUAAUACGUCCGUUCAGGUCUGCAUAGCCUCCCUCUCCCCCAACAAUUAAACAUUUAUUUUAUUAAAAUAGAAAAACAAUUGUUUGAGAAAAUGUCUAAUAUGGUCUAUUGUAGUACAUUUUUUACAGCAGCAUCUCUUGAAGAGGUGUAUCAAACAAUAGAAGAUGUAUGAUUUUUUACAAGGCUGUUUCUUACAUGACUGCAGUUGUAGUUUAGCCCUGUAUCUAAAAAAUGGAAGUAAUUCUUAUUGUGUAUGCUUUUUAAAAUGGUUAUAAACAAAGAGUUUAUGUAAAUUUCUAUCAAGAAAUCAUUAUCUUCAAAAUAUGAGAUUAACAGGACUCUAUAUCAUAAAGAUCUGAUAUAAUCCCCACCUCCCCCGCUAGGUGGCCAAGGAUGAAAGUGAAAGUGCAAAUAGUUUCACACAGAAUAACAAAAUGAAUGCCCUACUAAAUGCUUAAUUCAAAAUGUAUUACAAUCCCACAAUGCUUUGUUCUUGGUACUAAACAGCUCAGUCAGUGGCAAAACACUGACAAAAAUAGCAACAAGCGAAACAUAAAGACAGUAAUGCAAUAUUUUGCUUGAACCAGUAUUUAUGAGGCAAUAUAAUGUUGGGUACAAUAAAUGAUUUGGAAGAAAAAAAAAAUCCUAAGAGCUUGUCUACUAAAAUGGGAAUUGUGUGGAACUGGCUUCAGAAUUGCACAUAUUUGGAAACAUUCUGCUUCUCGGUGAUGUUGACUUAAAUUCUGCAAUAUCCUCAACUGCAAUGCUCACAAUGUGCUUUAGUAAAAGCAACCAUUAGUUAUUCAAUAAAAGACACAAUUGGGCAGAUUAGAUGGGCCAAAUGGUUCUUAUCUGCCGUCACAUUCUAUGUUUCUAUGUUAAGACAGAGAACCAAAUCACCCUGGCCUGUUCACCUAAAGCUGGGGUAUGCUACUUCUUUAAGCAUCUUCAUAAUUAAUUUGACUAGUGUUUAUAUUACGUAAAUCUUAAUAGAUUCCAUGGUUACCAUUUUACUACUCAGUCAUAAAGUCAGUAUUGUGUCAAUGAAACCUUUAAAAACACAGGGAAUGUAUGAAUAGUAAUUAUUUGAGAAUCUGUUCGACAAUCACUGGCAGAAUUCCACUUAUUAACUCUCACGUGGUUAUUUACUAAGCCGAGAAUUCAAAGUGAAUUCUAACUGAAUUUCAAAUUUAAGGCCGGGGUAGCCAGACUAAAAGCACUGCUCACUUAGAGAUUUUUUCCAUUUUGGCAGUUUUGAUCUUAGAUUUGCAAUUUGCUUUGUAUUCCCUUUAAAUUCUCUCUUUAUUAAAUAACUUAUUUUACGGCUCAUGGUGAUAUAACGCGGUUGCUGCGUAUCUUGUAAGCUGGUCUUUAAUUCUUGUGCUUACUUAAGAGUAUGAGGGAAGGCAGUUUUUUCCCCUUAGUUUACUGAAGAGCAGUUUCAGCAAUAUUGUUCCAAUGAUAAGGAAACAGAUAGAGAGAGCCAUUGCUGAGAAAGUCUUCCACCUGGUGAAUGGUCUGUUGUCAGUUGUCCUUGUGGCCUGAUUGAUUUAUAGCCCUGCUACAUUUGCUCAGGUUAAUAUUUAUCUAAAUGUGAUACAGCAGUAGGAGAUAUUUUCAAACAACAUUCUAUGUAAACUGCGUUCCCUUACAGACAGGCAAUGGAGGCAAAUUGUUUCAUCCUACAGUUAUUACUAUUAUUAUACACAACCAACACAGUCAGCGCUGUACAAUAGAAAACCCUAAGGGCUAAAUCAUGUGACUUAUAUAAUGCCGACACUUAUGCAGUAUGAUGGGGGAUAUAAAUAUAGGGUUAAGUCAAUGUGAUCAAUCAGUGGCAACAUUCCUUUGGUUUCCACGAUGAUUGCCUUUUUUGUUUUAACAAAUUAAUUGAGUGUAUAAUGAUUGCUAUUUUUCAUUAAAUGAAAUAAAAUAAAUAAAAAAUCUAUAUUUUUAACAUAUUAUAGAUUAAACUGAACUAUGUCCUCUCUAUUCAAAAAGUAGGCCAUUCAUUUUGGCGACUGCUUAUAUCUUACAGUGCAAAACGCCUCACCCACUCUGUCAGUCCCUGUUAAAGGGACAUUUUAAACACUGUAAUGGUUUUGGUGACAGCUGUCCCAUGGUAACCAGUCAAAACAUUUUCAGUCUGACACUUACCUGAGUCCCUCUGGCACCUGUGGUCCUUCUUUCAUUCUGAAUAUUAUUACAUUGGGUGUUCCCCAUUUCUUAAAAUCCCUAUUUGUCCCUAUUUUGACAUCAUUGAUUGGCUGAAAAUAUCAGGAAUAACCCUUCUCUUUAGCUGAACUUCCAGUUAUAACCUUCCCCCCAAGAAAACUAAUUUAUGGAGAACACCAUCAACAUUAUACAUUUCUGAUAACAUGGUUUGGAAGGUUGAGAGGCAAAAUGAGCCACUCCAGUCUAUAUGACUUUGACUCCUAUUCUCAACAAGUAGAAAUUAUGUUAUUAGUGCAUUUCAACACAAAGACUGUCACAAGACUAUCAUCGAAAGUAGUUUGAGGCACCAGAGUAAUGCACUGCUUUAUAUAGUUAUUUUUUUUUUAUGUGUGUAGUUUGUAAAUCUGCAAUGAUGUUGUUUUUUAGACGAUCAUAGCUGAAAUUCUCCUUUUUGUCUGCCAUACCCUGUUCCUACCAUUAAAGGGACACCAUAGUCACCAGAACUACAGCUUAUUUAAUUUGUUCUGGUGAGUAGAAUCAUUACCUUCAGGCUUUUUGCUGUAAACACUGUCUUUUCAGAGAAAAUGCAGUGUUUACAUUACAACCUAGUGAUAACUGCAAUGGCCACUCUUCAGAUGGCUGUUAGAAAUCCUUCCUGGGUCAUGGCUGCCUAGAAUCCAUCCAAACAUUAAGUGUCUCCUCCCUCUGCAAGCAGACACUGAACUUUCCCCAUAGAGAUUCAUUGAUUUAGUGCAUCUCUAUGAGGAGAUGCUGAUUGGCCAGGGCUAUGUUUGAAUUGUGCUGGCUCUGCCCCUGAUCUGCCGCUUUGUCAGUCUCAGCCAAUCCUAUGGGGAAGCAUUGUGAUUGGAUCAGGCUACGACUUCUGCUGAUGUCAGCAGGAAGUGGGCAGGUCUAAAGGAAACCGGGACAAAAUAAGCAGCUGCAGACUUGAAUACAAGUAAGGUUUUACUAUAUUUAGGGAGGAAUGAGGGGACCAGGGUGGCUAGAUGGUGGUUUUAACCCUAUAGGGUCAGGAAUACAUGUUUGUGUUCCUGACCCUAUAGUGCUCCUUUAACUAAUAAUCAUGUGGACAGUAGAAUUAUACAAAGUAUCUCUAUAAUAUGUCAUUUGUGAAUAAUUAAGACUUUUUUGUUUAAAGUUUUUUUGUUCUUUUUGAGUCUUCCUGGUUUUAGCGUUCCCUGCUGUGUGCAGGUUUUUUUGUCCCUUUUUGCUCUGCAUUAGGUUUGAAAGAGCGAUAUAGUAUUUGGACUAGAUUUUGACAUGGGGAGUUGAUAAAUUGAAAUGAACUCAAAGCACUUAUUUGUAAUGUACAUUUGUGGAUUCUAAAUCAUUUAAUAAAUAAAUGCGAAUUACCAUUUGUAUAACAAGUAGAAUUUACUGCCUAUUAUAAUUCAGGGCUGUAUGCCUUCCAUUGGCAUGCAAUGAGCUCUCUACAUUAACUGAGGGUUUCUGCCAGACAUCAUACUAUACUUGCUGCAUCUCAUUUCAUAUUAUACUUGCUGCACCCUGUUGCACAUUUCAGCAAUAUUUUUUUUAAUACAAAUACUCUAAUUUCUCUCAACUCUUUCACUUCCAGAAAUGCUGUAAUGCAUGAAAUACUGCAAUAGAGGUUGGGGUGGUGGGGGACAUUUUGUUAAUAUAUAGUUGUCUGUUUCCUCUACAGUUAUUUAUGGUGACUUGAGGAAAAUUUGCAAAAUUUAGGCCAAAGUUGCAACGAAAGAGAUUAUAUCCAAAUUAGAGGAAUUGAAAUUAUAUCCAUAGCCUCCAUUUAGGACCUACAUUUUGCAAGUUGGCAUACCAGUCAUUACAACUUGAUGUUUAGUAAAUAAACCGCGUUGGGUUUUAUUUUCUGAUCACCUGACAUCAUGUUUCUGCUGAAUUAUAAUAUAAAAUGUAACAAUUUGUUAUCACCAUUUUCUCUGGAGUUUUUUUUACUAUAUGGUAAGUCAUAGUGAGUUGACAGCUGAAUCACAAACUACAGACCAAAUCAGAGUUGGAAAAAAAUCUCCAAUUCACUUAAGUUGGUGAUUUUUGUUUUUUUACAACUCUGAUAUUUGGCCUUAAAUUCAUAAAUAGGUUGUCAUCGGCUCUUCGACUUCCCGUUUGGUGAAUAAACCCCUUUAUGUUUCAAUUUUAUUAUCAUUUUUGGGGGCUAUGUCACCUUGAUAUUAAAUGAAGAUGUAUGUUUUUAUUCUUUGACACUCUUAACGUUUUGGGGUAAAUUGUCAAUCUACAUUUUUGCAAUAUGCAUUAACUGAUUUGUUUUAAAAAGGUGAAGUCUAUUAUUUAAAUUAUUUAAUGUCUUUGCUAAACUAGCUUUGGUACCCGCCGAUCCGGUUUUUCAGCACUCCGGACAGUUGUCUGCAGACUCCCUGGUUAAAAUCGGCUAUCCAUCACAAAGCUCCCAGUCUAAUCAUAUGUGUGAGUAUCAAUGCAUUUCUUGAGGCAAUAUUCAAGACAAAAACUGUUUCAUCUCAUAGCCCAAAAUGUUUCCAAGUAAUAUUUUUCUUUUUAUGACUAUUGCAAAAAGUUAAUUUCAAUUAAUAUGGGGAGAACUGUUUUAAUCAAUGCUCAAUGUAUCAAUUCUGGCACAACUAUCGUUUACUAUUGUUUAGAAGGAGUCACCUAAAUGUUGUAUAUUUCUUUAAUGUACUGUUUAGACAUUCUGUAAUUGCAAGUGUGUUUCUAUAUCAUAUACUUUUAUUAAAAUAGUGUGCUAUAAUCUAUCUGUUAUAGUGGCCUGAACUGUUACUAAUUCAAUGUAUUUGCAGUUAAUGUUCCAACUGCAGAAUUUGCAGUUCCUGUUAGAACCUCAAUGCUGAAGGUUUGAUUCCUGGCAGGAUCAACUCACAUAGUUAUUUGCUAAAGUGAGAAUUCAAAGUGAAUUUACAGUGAAUGUGGCAUUUAAGACUAAAGUGGCCAAACUAAAAGCAUAGCUGAUAAAUAAUUAAUUUUUUUUAUUUUAGUUAUUUUGCCCUUAAAUCUGAAAGUCAUUUCAAAUUUUCACAUUAGAGAAUAAACCUGUCAGUCUGUCUUCCUCUUGAGGUUAAUAAAAUAAUGCAAGAUUAUUUUCUAUAUUAUAAAUCAGGGAUCUCAAAUUCUGGGCCCAUUUGUGUUAAUGUGUGCAACUCCCAGAAUUCUUUCAAUGCAAUAGAUGGCCAGAGAAUCAUGGGAGUUGUACGUCAGUCUGAUGUAAAUUGUGAAUUCAAAUUGAAAACAUAGCUGGCUUGGAGAGUUUCACAUUUGGCUACUGUGGCCUGAAAUUUGUUUACAAACUUUUUUAAUACAAUAAUUAAUAUGUAACGAUUAUCUGUUUUCCAUUGCAAUGUAUUACACCUACAUGUUAACCGCUCACUGACAGAUAAUUUCAUAUGUGAUUUACUUCCAGGGUACCCUGCUGUGUUUUGGCUUAAUUUAACUUUGUUUUGUUCCCUUUUGCAGAAAUAGGAGAAUUAGAAUAUUGUUAUUAUAGAUAGUACAAUAUGUAUUUAACUUGUGUGAUAUUCUCUAUUUAAAUGUGGUAAGCACGCAAAUCCUAUUUAUUGAUCUUUCUGCAGUCAAGUGCUUAUAGGAUAUCUAUUAAUGGAUAAUCUGACAGUGAGUAAAACUUUCUUUCCCAGGGUAAUCAGGUGAAGCACAUGGUACAUCACUUAUAUUUGAUAUGGAUUUUCAUUAAAGUGGGAAUUGAUGUGAAUUCAAAGUGAAUUUCAACUUUCAGGCCAAAAUAGUCAAAUUAGAAAAAUUCUCCAAAUAAGCCACAUCUUCAGCGCAGUUUGGCCUACAUUUUGAAAUUUAGUGUGAAUAUCUUUUAAUUCAUGUCAGUUUCCACUUUAGUAAAUAAUUCUAUGAAUUCACCUUCCUUUGAUAGCUUGCUCAUUGUCACCAUGUUGUGUAGGGUAAAAAUAAUUAGUUCAACCCAUCCAGAUAUUAAAGGCACUCAGACCACUUCAGCUCAAUAAAGUGGUCUGGGUGCCAGGUCCCUCUAGUUUUAACCUGCAGCUGAAAACAUAGCAGUUUUAGAGAAACUGCCAUGUUUACAUUGUAGGGUUAAUCCAGACUCUAGUGGCUGUCUCUCUGACAGCCACCAGAGGCUGCUUCAGUGAUUUUCAGUGACUAAAUCGCACUAUAUCGCACUAUUUGAUGCUGGACGUCCUCAAGGAGUCCAGCGUCAAGGAAAGCAUUGAGUAAUGUUUUCCUAUGGGCGGUUUGAAUGCACUGUGGCUGCGCCGCAUGCGCAUUCGACUCCACCCGUGAGCUGACGUCGGCGGGGGAGGAGAGGUCACCAUCGCCGAGGGAGCCCGGCACUGGCUUAAGGUAAGUGGCAGAAGGGGAUUUAACCCCUUCAGCCCAGCGUGAGGGAAGCCUAUUAACCCUAUAGUACCAGGAAAACGAGUUUGUUUAUCUGGCACUAUAGGAUCCCUUUAAGCCUUUGUCUGUAAAUGCAAGUAAUAUCUCCUGAACAUUUGCAAAGCUGUUUCAAUCCUCCAACUAAAAUGACAUCAUGUAUUUAAUUUGUAUGUGGUUUACAAUGCAUUGUUAAAAUUUUAAUAUUACUAUUAUUAUUACAUCACAAAAUUAACAUUGUCAUUUAUAACAUAUUCAUAUAGAUGUUAAGUGAAACUUAUACGUGAUACCAGAAAAGGAUGCCAGUAUUUUGGAUGUAUUGGUAAAAUGUUACAUAAGAAGAGUUACUUACUAAAGUGAGAAUUUAAAGUGGAUUUGAAAUUAAUUUCUAAUUUAAGUCCAAAGUAGUAUGAGAGCAUAGAUGACUUGAAGAAUUUUUCAAGUUUGCCUAUUUUGACCUUAAAUUUGAAAUUCAGUUUAAAUUCUCUGAAUUCUUUCUUUUAGUGAAUAACACUGAGUCAGAUUUUAGAAACAGCACAACAACACAGCCAGUUGGUUUGUUGGCCCUAUGUAUUGUGAAUGCGACAAAAUAUUACUUAACGUUAUAAAAUAUUGAUGAAGUCACAAAUUUGUUCAUUAAGUUAAUUUGUUUGUUACAAUUAUUUCACAUACAGUAAAUUAAAAUACAGCUGCAAUGAUUGCAUUCUAAUUACUUUGGAUAGGCUAAUCUCCACAACAUUAACCAAAUUGUUACUUUUAAUUUCAGAUAAUAUGAUAGACCCUGGUCCUUUUAUUUCGUCUCAUUCAAUAACACUAAAUGAUGAUUCAUUUCUGUCAAGACAGAUGCUAAGUGAUAAAGGUGAUUUUAUUAGAAAACCUCAAAAUGAAAGUUAUGUAUAGCAAAAGACAAGUUAAUCAUCGGUUUAAUCAUUUAAUUAAUUAGAACAUUUUCUGGAGACACACACACACCCACACAUUGUACAUGUAUAUAAAUGUAGGUACAUGUAGGCAUAAAUUCAUUAUCUUUCUGAAAUUGUUAUAUUUGUAUUUCAUUUGAAUGAAUAUAUUUAACUUUUUUAAUUGGAUUAAGAAAAAUGUUGGAGCAACACGCUUUCACACAUUACUAGUAAAGCCAAUUACUACCAAAUCUUCAGUGUUCUAAAAGCCAGGGUUAGCACAACAGUGGAAAUGCAAAAAAAAACAAAACAAAAAAAAACCUUAACCCCUUAAGGACCAAACUUCUGGAAUUAAAUGGGAGACAUGACAUGUCACACAUGUCAUGUGUCCUUAAGGGGUUAAUUGUGGUAUAUUGCCAUAUUUUAUUUACUAGACUAAAUGUAAUGUUGAAAUAAUAAUUGUUAUGGAGUCAUUUUCUUCAUCAGCUCAAGAUACACACACACACUAUAUAUAUAUAUAUAUAUAUAUCAAACACACACACACACUAUAUAUAUAUAUAUAUUAUCAAACACACACACACACACUAUAUAUAUAUAGUGUGUGUGUUUGUAAGUAUUAUCAGCAUGAAUAUAUGUUGACAUUUAUUGCACUGCCUCUCAUUAUGGGUUAGGUGAGUAGGGUGGUUUUAGAGUUCUGUAAUGUGCAAGUUAAAAGUUGGGAGAAAAAUCAAUAGGAGAGUAAGCAGACGGCGCCAUACAUACAUACCCAACUGAUGGCCAGGCAGGAAAGGAAGCAAUCAGGAAAGUUCACAAUUUGGCACGUCAAUGCAGUUUCUCUGUAUCAAAAGGGGGAGCCUAGUUAACAGCAGGGAAAUGUACUACCAGAGCAAAGAUGCAUAGCACUCAUCAAAUUUUCCCUGACGAUGUUAGAAUGAUAUGCAAAUCUUUCAUCUCCACAAAUGUAUACAUAAGGUAUUAUUCUCUGCACCAGGCCUAAAUAUAACUGUCUAUCAGGAUAUAUACACACACACCAUAUAUAUAUAUAUAUAUAUAUGUAUAUUUAUGUAAAUCAGAACAAAUGUAUAGCACUCUAGGGUCUUUGUAGAAAAAUUAAAAGCUAACUUUUUUAAUUCUAUUAACAUUUCAAUUUUAUAAUAAAAACUUUCAUCAGGAUUUGAUCACUGGGCCUAAUUUGUUCUUGCCAGUCCUCGUGUGCAAAUCAUUUGGAUGUUCACACAUAUCUAUAUGUGUAGAUAUAUAUAUAUAUAUAGGCAUCCAAAGAGGUAGCAGCACUCUCGGAAUUUAAAAGUUCUAGUCUUUAUUAGUUCAUAUUAAAAAAAAUCACGACCAAUGUUUCAGUCCACCAAAUGGGACUUUCCUCAGGAAAGUUUGAUCCUGAGGAAAGUCCCGUUUGGUGGACUGAAAUGUUGGUCGUGAUUUUUUUUAAUAUGAACUAAUAAAGACUAGAACUUUUAAAUUCCGUGAAUGCUGCUACCUCUUUGGAUACCUGGAUAACCAAGCCAUGGCUUAGCACCCGGCACACAAGGGAUAUUAUAGCGUGAGUGCAAGAAAUUCUUCCCUUUUCUUUAUAUAUAUAUAUAUAUAUAUAUACAUACAUACACACUGUUCAUUUAUUUAUCCCUAGCUAUAGCAGGAGAACUUCUAUUAUUGUGUCAUUAAUACCAGUAAAAAUAUUUUCCAGUGACAUUUCUAGGUUUACAAACUAAUGGACUUUAACCCUUCUUUAAAUAGUAUUCCAACUGCGUAAAUUGGACUGAUAAUCUCUCUACAGAAAUAGGACUGAAAAAAAUAAAAACAACAAAUGCAAAAGCUCUCGUUAUACAUGAAUUAUUGGCAUUGUAUAUUGAUUUGUUGCAUCGAUUUUUCUUAAAGAUAACUUUGCAGACAUACAGUCUUUUCCAAAUAGAACGCACAGGGCAAUAUAGUUACAGACUGAUAAUAGAUAGCUCUUUUACCCGGAGUGCUACUUACAACACAAUGUGGCGCCUUGUUAUCACGCAAGAGAUAAAUCUCCUUGGUCUUAUUAGCUUACUAAUGGGAACAAUGAUCUUACUUAAACAAAAGAUAAACCUCUAAUGGGACAUUGCUCACCCACAGAGUACACAGAGGGUUAAUGUUGUAAAAGUUGACUUUUAGCAUUAUAAGAAGUAAUGUUACUAACUGCAAAGCAUGAAAUGAGAUCGCAUAGGACUAACUAGUGUGGCCUACAGGCUAAUACCUGCUCUGAUGAAUCUAAUAUAUUCCACUUGUGCCUUUACAGAGCAACGUGUUCUCUGGGUGACACGGAUAGGUCCGGCACCAAAUGGUGACGCAGAUUAUAAAUUAAGGCAAAUAAUAGGGUUAAGUGUUAGUGCAGAAUUGUUCUAAUUGUUUACUCAUUAUUACAGAACAUUGGGUUUUGAUAACAAUGGACAUCCAAGUGUUGAGUGACUACAAAUCCCAAUAUUAUUAUUAUUGUCAUUCAUAACGCUCCAACAUAUUCCGCAGAACUUUACAAUUAUAAAAUAGGGUUUUUUGGAAAUAAGUAAUUUACCUACAAAUUGUAACAGAGACAAGAGGUGAAGAAGGCUCUGCUCAAGAAGCUUAGAAGUAAAGGGGAGUAGUAAUAUGGGUGGCAGUUAGAAGCAGAGGUAGGGUCAAGAGAUGGCAUUUUUAUGACAAUUGCAUGUUUGAGGGAAGAGUAGACAAGGAGAGGUUGAAAGUAUGCAUUAGGAACGGAAGCAGACUAGGGAAAAGAGACUGGACAAGGUGAGAGGGGAAGGGAUUAAGAGAGCAUGGUGGGGUAAGAGGACAAGAUAAGUUUAGAGACCCUUUAUCUCGGAGACAGGGGGAAAGGAGUUAAAAGUGGAAGAAGGUACAGAAAUGGAAAGGGGAGGAGGAAAGAGCAUUGCUAGUUUGGUUGAUCUUUUCAGUAAAGUGACAUGCAAAAUCACUAGCUGUGAGCUUAGUUAAUGACAGGGUUGUAGUGGGGCAAAGAAGCGAGUUAGAAGUUUAAGAGGCAUUUGGGAUCACAAGAGUAGUUGAUAAGAGUGGUAAAUACUCUUGCAUUGCAAGGCAAAGAGCAGAAGUAUAGGAACGUAGCAUGCAUUUGUAAUGUAGGAAGUCAGGUGUGGCGCGAGACUUUCCCCAUCAGCUUUCUACAGUAUGGGAAAAUCGUUAGACGAGCUUGCUAUGACAGGGUUGAAGGUGUGGCUGACACCACAAGUGAGUUUUGAUUGGUGAAGCCAUAUCUAGAGCAGUAGACAGGACAGAAUUGUAAUAUGAGCUGGCUUUAGAGGGACAAGGUAGAGUUGAGAAAGUAGAAAGUAGAGACUGGAUAGAGGAAAAGAACUGAUGUAGAUCAAGUGAGUUUAGGUUUCUGACAGCCCGAGAUAAGCUAGGUUUAAUAUGUUGAGUUAGGGGCAUAUUGACCGUACAGGUUUGAAGAUGGAGGUCAGACAGAGGAAAAUGUGUGUUAGAGAAGUUAGAAACAAAGCAAAUUAUGUGUGUAGGGGGGUUGAUCCAUUUAGUAAGGCAAAAGGAGAAGAUGAACAAGGUGCAAAGUUUGGAAGGAACAGUGAGGGGAGAGCAAAAACCCCACACCGCCACCCUUAGCAUCGCAUGGCCUGGGGGAGUGGGAUAAGUGCAAUCCACCAAAAGAUAGGGAGGCAUGGGUAGCAGUGUCAGAUGGAGAGAGACAGGUUUCACUCAGAACCAGCAGGUUGAAGGAGCAGGAGAUUAGGAGCCUGUGAAUGAGAGUAGAUUUUAGGGUAUUACAGACUGAGCGUGCAUUCCAAAGGGCACAAUAAAAGGAAUGCAAUGAGUGACAAGAUUUUCAGUUGUUCUGGUGAAGCUUUUGAUAGGGUGGGAAGCAGGAGGGUCAGGAUUAGGAAACACAUUUUCAACUGCUAAAAGCAAAAGGAUGGCCAGAGGAAGAAGGUGGUACGGGAUUUGAAUGUAUGUGUUGGACUUUGGGUUUUAGAGAAGGGAGGAGAGGACAAGCACAUAUGUAAAAGGUGGCAUGGGAUGAAACAAGGGGUGAAGGAAGUAAAGUAGGGGCAAUAAUGCACUAUCAAAAAACAUCUUCCAGAUCUUGUGUUUAUUUUCUUUAUAUCGGAGUUUUUAUGUUACUUAUUUUAGAACACAAACUAUGAAUGGAAAAUAUGCGUGAUGAGGAAAGUAUAUUAAAGUACCCAAUUAGAUGCUUAGUUUUACAGGGGGUAGUUUGUUCAUUGCUUAGGGUUACAUUUAUUCAUGGAUUUAAGGUCUUCUAGAACAGUAGCUGAAGAUACUAAUUGAUCUAAUUAUAGCCAUAGAUUAACUGGAAAUACACAGUUAUACGCGUAAAGAUGUACAUAGACAUUGCAAGCGUUUAUAACACCACAAGUGUUACCAUUGGAUAUUUCGACUAUAAAACCAUAUUCACAUACAGCUAAACACUGCAUGCACAUGUAAAAUGGGUAUCGUAGUUAUUUCACUCUCUAAUCUAUAUACAUCUCUUACUCAUAAAUAUAGAAUGGGUGCUAAUAGCACCAUAGGCGUGCACAGCCUAUUGCAUUAGGGUGUGCACCCUAAAGCACAAGCACACGCCGCGUAUAUAUAUAUGUAUGUAUGUAUAUAUAUAUAUAUAUAUAUAUAUAUGUACACAUAUAUACACACACACAUACACUGCUGUGUGUGUGUGUGCUGUGUGAGGGUGCUGUUAGUGUGAUGUGUGUGUGUGUGGGUGCUGGUAGUGUGCUAUGUGGGUGAGGGUGUUUGUGUGUGUGCGCUUGUGAUGGUGCUGUUAAUGUACUGUGUGUGAGGGUGCUGUUUGUGUGUGAGGGUACUGGUAGUGUGCUGUGUGUGUGUUUGUUAGGGUCCUGUUUGUGUUUGUGAGGGUACUGUUAGUAUGCUGUGCGUGUGAGGGUGCUGUUUGUGUGCUGUGUGUGUGAGGGUGCUGUGUAUGUUUGUGAGGGUGCUGCUUGUGAGGGUGCUGUGUGUGUGGGUGCUGUAUGUGUGUUGGUGCUGUAUGUGUGUAGGUGCUGUGUAUCUCUGUGGGUGAUGUAUGUGUGUGGAUGCUGUGUAUGUGUGUAGGUGCUGUGUAUGUCUGUGGGUGAUGUAUGUGUGUAGGUGCUGUGUAUGUAUGUGGAUGCUGUGUAUGUGUGUAGGUGCUGUGUAUGUCUGUGGGUGCUGUAUGUGUGUAGGUGCUGUGUAUGUCUAUGGGUGCUGUAUGUGUGUAGGUGUGUGUAUGUGGGUGCUGUAUGUGUGUGGGUGUCUGUGCUGUGUAUGUCUGUGGGUGCUGUAUGUGUGUUGGUGCUGUAUGUGUGUGUGUGGGUGCUGUAUGUGUGUGGGUGUUGUAUGUGUGUAGGUGCUGUGUAUGUCUGUGGGUGCUGUAUGUCUGUGGAUGCUGUAUGUGUGUAGGUGCUGUAUGUGUGUGGGUGCUGUGUAUGUGUGUGGGUGCUGUAUGUGUGUGGGUGCUGUAUGUGUGUAAGUGAUGUGUAUGUCUGUGGGUGCUGUAUGUCUGUGGGUGCUGUAUAUGUCUGUGGGUGCUGUAUGUGUGUAGGUGCUGUGUAUGUCUGUGGGUGCUGUAUGUGUGUAGGUGCUGUAUAUGUCUGUGGGUGCUGUAUGUGUGUAGGUGCUGUGUAUGUGUGUGGGUGCUGUAUGUGUGUGGGUACAUUACUUAAUAUCCCCCUUACCUUCUUACUUUAUGUAGGGGGUGGGGAUUCUUGUUCCUUGCUGCCUUCCCUGGUGGUCCAGUGGAGGUAGGGGCAGAUUACUUUAUAUCCCUUAUGUAGGGAGGGGGGAUCCUUCCUUGCUAUAGUGAAAAGAUGAAAGGUAAAAGCGCACACACAAUACCAGAAUAAGGUUACCUGUAAUAUAUACAAUUAUGAUAACCAAUAGUAGAUGACUAUUGGUUAUCAUAAUUGUAUAUAUUACAGGUAACCUUAUUCUGGUAUUGUGUGUGCGCUUUUACCUUCCAUCUUUUCACUAUAUCUUGGUUUUUAAGUAUAUGUGGUGACAAUAUACUUUGGUAUUUUAGCUGCACCUAUUAUUUUCCUUUAAGCGCCACCCAUAUUAUUUAUAUUAUCCAUCCUUCCUUGCUGCCUUCCCUGGUGGUCCAGUGGUGAGUGAACUCUAACCUGCGGGACUAGAGUUCACUCUUGCGAGAUCUGAGCGUUGCCACGGCGGGUCCUCUCCUGCCUCCCUGCCUGUGGGUCGGUGGGGAGGGAGGCUUAGAGCAGAGCCGGCGCUCAGAUAGCGCCGGCUCUGCAUGAGCCGACAGGGGAGAUCCUGAGAUCUCCCCUGCCAGUCUCAAUACAUAGGCAUGCCGCGGGGAUUAGGGUGUGCCCAGGCACACCCGGCACACCCCGUGCGCACGCCUAUGAAUAAGACUGUAAAUAUUUAUUCAGGUGUGUUUAAUGUGUGUGAUUCACAAGUAUGAUGUAUACGCCCAUUUAAUAUAUGUAAUAUGUGUAAUGUGAGUUAUGCAUGCAUUUAUAAUGCAAUAUUGAAAUGAAAAUGAUGCUAGUUUAUUGUAGUCUUUACAUCCUAUUUCUCUUCUCCUUGUUCUCCUUUUUCCCACCACUUACCAGCUGAGUUUCCCCAUUUCAUUCAUUAUCCGUCUGUCUCUUAGAAUAAAUUCCUGUUUCCUUACCUCUCCUCUCUUCUUUUUCUCUCUCCCCGGACUCUUCACUCUAAGCUUUUCCAUCAUAAGAAUCAAGGUUUAUCUGAUCUCUAAACUCCUUACCCAUCCAUACCAGUCUUUGCUUAUCCAUCUAUACGAAUCUUUUCCUCGUAUACCUAUGUCUAUUCCUCUACUUACCUUGUUUGCUAGCCCACUCUCAUUCCUGUUAGGUUCCACUUCCUCUCUCACUCUUUUCCUUCACUGUGUAUUCUACUUAGUCGUUUAAUUCUCCUUUUCUAAAGAUAGAAUGGGUAGGGGAAAUGUCAAAGUCAAGAGGGCACCAACUCUUGAGUUCCAGCAUGUAAAGAAAGCAGUGUGCACCUCUUGCAUGCAUAGACAGAAACUUUCUGUAUUAUUCAAAAUAUACCAGGAACUAUACCAUUGCAUGGAAUAUGGUGUCAUGUCCUGCUUCCAUAUCACUUUUUCCUUUAUCACUAGUGAGGCAAAAAAAGUACUGAGAGUUGUUUUGCCUGAAGAGUGGCAGGCUGCUUUCUCCCUUAGAUUAUCGAACUGGUUCAGGGAAAUGUUAUUAUCUCUUCUGCUGCCAGAAUCAUUUUGCAGUUACCCCCUACUUCCUUAGCUGCAUCACACAUACAGAAAUACUCAGCUGUAUUUCCCUAGCACAAUCCCUUGUCUCACUCUAUCCCUCUUCCUUGCCCCGAACACGCAUAUUACAGGUUUAUAAAUGCUUAUUCUAAAUUCACCAUGGACCUGGCACAGGGGCUUGGGCUUGAGACAGCAGCCUCAGCUGAAACAUGUUCACCUGGCUCUGGCUAUGCCCAGGCUUUUCAUAUAUUAUUAAAAAAUGUUGAGAAAUCUACAAAGCUACAUACUCCAUAGCUUCAUGUUAACAAAAUACCUACAGAAAAAAAUCCCAUAGGCUUCCGUAAAAAAACGUAUCUACUUGCAACCCUACUAUACAGUAUCUCCAAAGUGACGUAGACUAUCCAAUUGAUGGUUGCCAUAACCAGCAUGUUUUGGCUCUUGGUUCUUGUUGUUUUAAUAUAAAAACAUAGUUUGUGGUCACAAUUAAAAACCAGUGAACUCAUCUAGUAUGGUCAUUAUAAUGGCCCUAGCGCUACAAUAUAUGUGUAUGUCAUACAAUAUGUAAUAUUAUCAGUUAAAUACAUUUGCUAACAUUUUAUAAAAUGCUACUUAUCGGGCUUACACUAUUUCUAAUAUGAGGUUUCCUACUUUCUAUUUUAGCAUGUAAACGGAAAGAUCAAGAACACAGCAAAGACAGAGGGAACACGCCUAAAAAGCCAAGGUUGGUCUUCACAGAUGUACAACGGAGGACACUACAUGCAAUAUUCAAAGAAAACAAGCGCCCAUCCAAAGAAUUGCAAAUAACCAUUUCCCAGCAGCUAGGGUUGGAGCUCAGCACUGUCAGUAAUUUCUUCAUGAAUGCUCGCAGGAGGAGUCUAGAUAAAUGGCAGGAUGAGGGAAGCUCGGGCAGCACAUCAUCUUCGUCAAGCACGUGUACCAAAGCAUGAAGGGAACACAAAUUCCCCAGAAACUAAACUCUCGGUGAAAAAGCUUUAAAACAAAAGACAUGGACCUCAAAAUUGCAGGUUUAUACUUUAGAACUAUUUGAAAACCAAAAUUAUUUAUAAGUUCCAAAGAAACCAAAGACUAAUUUCUCCUGCAUGGUGACUUUUAUUCUUAGGACAUUUUCCAGGAGAACAACUCGCAAAAAACAAACAAAAACAAAAUCAAAUAAAAACAAAACAACAAACCAAACCAAAAAAAAAAAAUAAACAUUGAUAAUGAAACAAAUUCCACUGGCCUUACACCUUCAGCCAUCACCAUUAUCCUCACCGUAAUUUUGCUGUCUGCUGGUUUGGACCAUAGUGAUCUCUUGUUGUUGAAUGGAUUUUUUCUAAUUGGGUUCUUCAUUACCACCACACACUUACCAUGAAGGUGUAUGGUGUAUCAGUACUUUAUACAAACCAGUGGUAAGGGAACUUGGUCAUAACUUGUCUACAGGAUGGGAUGUGGUUAGACCAACCAAUCGUCUUAGUUUAUUGGAACUGAGUGUAUUUUAACUUGUGCUGUAUGAACGUAGCAGUUCCAAUAUUUGACUGUGCAGUUCAAGCUGUUGGCUGGCACCUAGACCUGUGCAUUCUCUUUGUUUGUUAAGGGUUGUAUAUCAAAUACAAACACAACAACCUCUCCCACAAACAAGACAUACAAUACCAAAGAACAUACUUAAUAGAUAAAUCCAGGUGUUUUAUUCCAGUGUUUUUAAUAUUCCAGCGAUAUUUUUACAUAACGUAUGAAGAAGUGUAGUUAUAUAUUAUUCUAAUUUCUUACUAAGAAAAAACAUGCAUUGUAAGUGGACUGUUAUUUGUAAGUGAACUUAAAAAUAGUCAUUUCUGAAAAAUCACAACUCUCCGCAAGGGGAAAAAUGUUUGACUUCAGCACAAAAUCUUUAGAAUUAUAACAUUUAUUUAACAUUGAUUCUCCUAAAUAAUCUUAUUUGAAAUGUUUUAUUUCACAUAUUUUUUUUCAGUCAGUCUCGAAUUAUAAUUUCACAACAAUCAGUCAUUAUUUGGGGAACCAAUGAUUUGCAAAAUUAUUUUAAAUUAAUACAAACUUCAGAAGCUCCCUCUUAACAUUCCCUGCAUUAUUUAAUGUGUUUGAAUCAAUAAUAUAACAGUAUAGACUAGGAUCAUGCAAACUACUUUCCUCCAUUUGUUGUUGGACAGAAACUCACAGCAUUCUCAGUAAGCAUUGACUGAUGGCUGGGAUUAUGAGUUGAAGACCAAGAACAGUUGGAGGGCUAAGCAUCGAUUGACCAGGCCAAAUAUUCCUAGCUUAACCUCUUGUCUCUGAUUGCACAUCAACAAACACAAACCUGUUAUUGACGAAGAUGGGUAAAUAAAACCAAAUCCUUUUUAGAGAUAAAGUUUGCCAUGCAUUCUGGACAACAUAUUUAUGCCCUCUCCCCGUUUCAGUCCUCUAUGAAUAAUUAUAUUUGUUUCCCCACAUACCAAAGUGAGAUGGGAACUGCUCUAAAAUUUCAAGUUUUUGCAAUUAAUCUUUUUGGCCACUAUAUUGAAUUCUGGAUCAAGAGACUCAAUAUUAAAAAGUCCUUUAAAUAGAUAUGCUUUCUGUUGAUGUACCAAAUCUAGUCCAUCUUCCCCUAUGCCCACCUAUUUACUAAUUCCUCCAUGCUUCACCUAUAACCACCUAUUGGAACUGCUUGAAGCCAAUCUACAUCCCACAACACUGAAUUAUUAGGGGAGUAAGAACAGAAUUCUAGUUAACGUUGGGUGAUGGAUUCCAGGUGAAUACAAAAGUGAUAGCCUUGUUUUCUCCUAGUAUAUGCUAAUGUAUUAAACGUCACAAUUGUUAGACAUUUAGCAUAACUAAGGCCUCGAUAAGCUUUUGCAAAUGAUUCAAUACCGUUAGAUAAAAACUUCAAUGGUGACUUUUGUAGAUAAAUAAUUUAGAAUUUUUUUCUAACAGUAUUGAAUCAUUUGGAAUGUUUAUGAAACCGAGGCCUAACUAGGGAUUAAAUUGAGAUUAAGCAGGUCAAAAAAAAAAUAAUGUAAAAAAAAGAAGCUUCUGUGACAGUGCUGGUUAAUGCUUGACCAGUUUAAAGGGAUAUGCAGUGCCCCAAUAUAAGAGAUGCCAAGAUUAGCCACUGCAGACUUAAGGACUUGGGCCUUAAUUUUAUAUUUUAUGAUACGCUUUUCAAAUGACAAUAAUCUGUCAUUAAACACUGAGCUGUGAUGAUAUGGCAAAUGAGUAACAAGUCAAUAGGAAGACCAAAAUCAUAGCAGUUUGGAGAUACUUUCCAGCUCGGUUAUUUUGACAUAUAUUUUGCAGCUUUGGUGAUCAGUGACCUCAUUAUGGCCUCAAUUUAAUUCAUUUAAAUUGAUUCCAUUCUGUUAGAAAAAAUUAUUCAAAUAGCUAAUCUACAGAAGUGAACAUUAAAGUCUAUGGACAUUUUUGUAGGGAAUUCAUUUGAAAAACUAAUUAAAUAAACGCCUCAUAUAAUAAAUCCCUUUAUAACAUAGCAGUAGAAGCUCUAUGUAAACUUGAUUAAAUUAAAAAAAACCACAGAAUUUAUAAGGAGAGGUUUCUAUCUUAUAAGAUCUCACAUUUUUAAGGAUAAGACGUCAUUGUUUGACCUCAUCUUCUAACUUUUUAGUUUACUUGUAUAUACAUAGCUCAUCAUUGUAAAGUCAGAUGAUUCCUAAUAAUGGACUUUUUUUUCAGUACUGUUAUUUUGGGUUAAAUAUUACCAGUAGAUUCUCAAGUCUUGUAAACUAGCAGUUAAGAGGAAACAACCACCUAUACCGCCCUUUUAUCUUUCAAAUUCCUCAGAUAUACCAAAAACAAGUAAAAUUGCACAUAUAAGAUCAUAUUAUAAUUUGGCAAAACCAGCCAUUAUUUUAAUAUUAUUUAUUUUUUUGGAAAUGUUGCAAAUACUCCAUAAUUUUGAAAUAACUUGCAUGUAACCCUCCAACUGUUUGCUUAUACCAAAGAGUUCUAUUUCUGUAGCAAUGACGUUGGUUGGGUACGCUUUUGCAAGACAUAUAAUUAACCAGGCAUGGUUAAUCAAUGCACAACUGGCUUACACAUGUAUGACGACUAGUCAUGGCCAGUACUCAUUGUCAAUAUUUUAUAAAUAAAUUCUUGUUUUAGGGAACAUAUUCCUGUUUAUAGUUGUUUAGCAAUUAGACAGCCUAAGCAUUGCCAUCACCUAGCAAAUGCCACUGGAUAUAUAUAUAUAUCUAUAUAUAUGUAGAUAUAUAUAUACACACACCUGUCUUUCAUGUGUACAAUCUAAUUUUAAAUGCCUUUGAAUAAGCCAAAUAUUUUGUAUUUGUUUUAAUUUUUAUGCAUGGCCAUAUCUGAAAUAUUCUAUCAUUUGGGAAGAGGGAAUGUUUUUGCUUAUUUGCAUAGGAUGGUUUUGACCUUACUGUUUAACACUGCAACCCGUAUUAUACCAAAGAGUCUUAGGACACUUCCACUCAACAGAGCUGGAAUCGCAGUUACACAGUACAGUCCCUCUUUUCUACACAAUUGAAAAAAAAAGAAAGAAAAAAAAUCUAUGCAUUUAGCAAACAAAGAGAAAGCACUUCAGCAGUUUUGUCUGAUUAGCGUUUAUGGUGCGUUCAAAUCCUAUUAUAGAGGUCAGUUGGAUUUCAUUGUACUGGCCUUCUAGAUUAUUGUGGGGUGGUUAGCUUUACAAUACAUAUGGUAGCUAUUUCCUAAUACUGCGACAAAGAAGCAAAAUUGAGAAAUUGCUGCUUCCACAUGUAAAAAAAAAAAGAAAAGUGUAAAGAUCUACUAUUUAAAGUGUGAACCAAAGACGCUACCUCACUCAAUUACCAUUUCGUGAUUUUAAUCACAUCGAUGAUACCAAAGAAUACCAAAGAUUUUUUUUUCUUGCACGGCCUUCGUCUGCUAAAGGCACUCAGAGACCUUUUCCUGACUCCUGACCCAUGACCCCUGACCUCCAUAAAAUAUAACUUCUCUUUUUUUCUCCCCCGAAAUAUUAUAAUUAACCCCUUCAGGGUCAGAGGUGCCACAUACACCCUUGAGACUGAUGGGGUCAAUAGCAGAGAGAGACCAGAUGGCUUCACAUGAUCAAUGUCUGGCUCAUCAUUUCUCCUCGGUGAUGUUGCCUUAAAAAAAUUCUACUAUUACUAAUAUGUAUAUUAUCUUGAACACUCAAUUCAAACUCUUAAAGGGACACUUCAAGUGUUUGGGCUUCUCCAAUGUACACUAAAGCGUUAAAAAAAAUGUUGCUCAAUAUGUUCAAAGUUGUUGAGAUUUUGCAUUUAAAAAAAACCUGCAUCCUUAAUCCAUCUCAGGUUUCUCACUUUUCAGAAUACGUUUGUUCUCGAUUUUUCAUGUCGAAUGCUAUAGAGCUCACUCACAUACACUGCGAGUACAACUGGCUCCUCAUUUAUUACAAAAAUGAAUGGUAACCACUAGCUCAAAUGAAUGGUAGCCGCUGGCGUCUUCCAUUAAUUUCAACAAGUGGUGCUCAUUUGUUUAUUUUUUUAAAAGAGUGAUAAUCCACUUGUGAUCGCAUUGUGAGUGGGCAUCAUUAGAGCAUUCCCUAUAAAAUACUAUUGAGCUUUAGUAAAUAUGACAUUUCUUGCAGACACAGACUCACUAAAUAUCUUAUAGAAAAUUAUAAGAGACCAAGGAUUGGUUGGGAGAUCUCAGCCAGUUCCUGGUCUAAUAGAAAAUAAGAGAUGUUUUUUGGAUCCUUGUAGAAACAUAGACAAGAGAGGCAUCUAGAAGUAUUUUAUUUAACGUAAUGAAAUGCAUUAAAAAUAAGAAGGUAAAUUGACCUUGAGGUGUCCUUUCAAGACUUUGUGUCAGGAGCAAGCAAGACUAAUUUUCAGUAUUUGCAAAUCAUUCCACAUAGACAUAGAUUAUGGGCAUAAAACCAGGUCAUAAUCAUUGUCCAACCAUGGUCAUCUGACACCUACUGGCCAAAUUAGAACACUUCACACUAAACCAUUAACAGUUCCCAGAUUAAGCAACGCUUUAGGCAAAUAUGUUGCAAACUUUGUAAACUCGUAGGAUGAGUGCCUUGCUUGAACCAAAGUGUUAAACCGCAGUUGACCUCUUUGAUCUCACCUUAUGCUCUUUGAAUACCUCAGCCUCUUAGAAAGGCCACUAAUUAAAUAAUAAUACUAACAAGAAACACUUCUUCACCGUGGUGCUUUUGCAAUGCAACCAUGCAAUGAACCUUUCUUUUAUACCAAAGGGAUUUAUUUUUCACACUUUUAGCUGAUGAACCAAAGUUUUAAUCUUUGCUAGCUUUUAGCAGCCUGCUCUCUCUGCGCCUGUCCACAUGGCUCCUGAGUACCUAUUUGCUUGGACGUAGGCCGUGCAGCCCUUAUACCAAUUCCUCCAAAUACCUCAUAAUAGAAGAAAUCUUUUAGGCUUAUGCUGUAUAGAGAAUAUACGUGACAAGACAGAAUUUACUAGUUUGGUAACUGUUAACCUCCAUUCAAAAGCUUUAGGAUAUUAUUUAUUUUGUAUUAUUUUUAUUAUUAAUAAUACAUUUUAUUUGAGUCGCUUUUUUGCUCUCUAAAGCUUUUAUCCUCAUUCUCCCCCCAUUCUUCUACUACAAACAAAGGGUGUUGGGUCAGGACAGGUUGCGGAAAUUGUACUGCAAUGAAGAUGGCUCUUUUUUUUUUUUUUAAACAAUGACACUUUGGGGGUUUUGUAUAAAAAGUGUAUUUUUUUCUGAAAAGUGGUCUAAAGUACCAAACGUUGGGCAGUCACCAUGGAAACCCAGUGGAAACAGUUGGUGACUCUGCCCCUUUUCCAUCUUUGCACCACUUUUCAGACUCUUUUUACACCUAAACACCACUGUGUUUGAUAUUUUAUGUUGGUUUUUUUUUCCACAGGGUAAAACAAAGACAAACAUUGUUCAAUGUCAUAAAUGUCCAUUUAUGUUUUUUCCAAUGUGCUGUGAAUUUUUGUUUUUAAUUCCGCUUAUUUAACCUUUGCUUAAUUUAUGACUGUAGUUUAAAAAGAAAAGCUUGUAUAUAGUAACAUUUUUAAAACCAAAGCAUCACAUUACAAUCUUUAAUUUAUCUGCUAAGAAGCAAUGAAGGAGAGAUGAGUUUCUCUUAAUCGUGCAGGGUGUAUAAAGUUAAAGUAAUCUUAGCAGACACUUCGAUGUGUGUUUUAAACACUGCCAGAUUGUCGAGCCUUGUACUUACUAAAUAUGAAGACUCAAGGUAUUGUUCUAAAACCAAAAAAAAAAAAGUCAUUUGUAUUUAUGUACAUUUUUUUCUGUUAAUUUAUUUCUUAGGGGUUAGUUUGUGGGUCUGACCCUCACAUUUAAAUAAUUUUUCAAAAUGUUGUUAAAUGUUAAUCAAGCACUGGCAUUUGUGAGAGUCAUUUGUUAUGAAUUAAUUUGUUUAUGUAUAUAUAUAUAAAUGUAUAAUUUGCCAUAAGCACGGGUAUUAGAAAGAAGCGGGCGUUAAACGUUGACGACAAGCUAACUUGUGUUUGGAAAUUCGCUCAACUUUAUAAAUAAAUGGUCAUUCUAAAGUGAAUUUGUGAAAUGUACAGGUGGUACGCACACAUUUAUGACUAGGCCAUUCAUCUGAUUGACUCAUUCAUACGUUUAGUUACUAAAGGCAGCUGGACUGCCAACUGCUGUAAGUCAAGUGUUUUGUAUACCUGUGAGACACACAAAACCAAUUUGAAUGUUUCUGAAUUACUUAGAAUAUGUGUUGACAGGAAACCAUGUAUUUUAUUUUUUCCUUUUUUUUUCCAUGAUUACUGGAAUAUUGGGUUUCAGAUGUAUCAUAUGUGCCUGGACCCACCACUAUUAUAUAGUAAUGUAAAAUUGAUUUCCUGUGUGACUGUGUCUUGUGUUUGCUAAUUAUGCAGACAAUGCAAGGCACAUUUAAUGUUCUACAUCAGUUUGCCAUCACAGUUAGUUUGAUGUCAGGAAAUGAAAUGAAAUAAAUUGCAUUGAUGUAUCUUUUAUGUUUACCCAUUCUUCGCUGGAGUGAUCUUAAAUACUACACUGGAUAAUACAAUUUAGGCCUACUCAACAAGGAAGGGGUUCAAACUAUAAUUCUUUUGACUUUUUAGUAAAUGGAAGGGGGUGCAAUUUUUAAUUGGACAUGUUGACCUACAAAAUGAUUGACCUUAAGAUUAUUUGAUGGCCAUAUCAAUUAUCAUCAUCUUAGUAUAAAACUUAAAGAGACACUGUAGCCAUUGUAAAUGCUUCAUCUCAUUGAAGUGAGUAUAGUUUUUGGAGUCCCCUGGCGCCAACCUCCCAUUCAGUGUUAAGUGGUUAAUGGUUAAUAAUAUGAUGCUAAACGAGAGUCUCGAGGUGCUGAUCCCCUCUGUGUUGCAUGGGCUAAUUAGGCAGCAUUAGCCUGAGGACCAAUGGUGUCAGGUAACGGCCAUUGACCUCUUUCAGCCUAUCACAACACCCAUUACUGGUAUGAAUUAGUAUGACUAUGAAACAGUGUAAUAUCUGCCUUAGCCAUACCCCCGGUGGGAGACAGUAUGUAGACAGCCAUGGAACAUCAACCAGUAUUCAUUUUUUCAAAAAUGGUUUUACAACUAUAAUGACCCAGACAACUUCAUCUCAAUGCAUUGGGUAGGGUGCAGUGGUUAAUGUUCCCUCUAAUUUCCUUCCUGUUAGAAAACUACGUGCACACGGAAUGCUUGUGCAACUGGAAACAUGAAAUUGUUUCAACAUAUGUUUGUCACGUCCUUUCUGUCUGGGCUGUUUUGGCAUGUUUUAAUAUGAUUUCAAGCUAUGUUAUUAUGCCCACAUGCCAUAAUGCCUAGAUUUAUUUUAGUUUGCCUCCAUUUUAUUAUGCCCACAUCUUUGCCACAAUGCCCACAUUUAACCACUUUGCCUGCAUUACCUCAUGAAUCUGCGAUGUGCUCCCCUAUGCGCGUCACACAGCGAUAUUCACUGAGCAGCACGGUGCAUGUAAGGGAGUACAGGCCCUGCUCCUGACAUUUGCUCACAUAAAUUUGUCAUUUUCACUACAAUUAAAACGGGUAUACUCAUGCAAACACUCACACCUUACAGGGAACAGUGGCAUUGACCCUGCUAUUUUUCUCCCAAAAUGUAAAACCUUGCUGUUUUUAAAAUAAGACAAUGUUCACAUUGCAGGGUUAAACACACUUUUAGUGGCUGUCACCCUGACAGCCACUUGAUCAUGCUUCUGCACCCACAACCAAAUCAAAUUGAGUUCUUUGAAGAUCUAUGUACUGCGUGCAUGAGGAUCUCCAAUGUCUUCUGAUACUUCUCAUAGAGAAGCAUUAGAUUCAAGAAUUUUACUAGCUGAGAGUGACACUUGGCACGCCUGUGAGAAGCAUUAGAUUGGACGAAAAGUCAGCAUUAAGACAGUACAUCAAUGUUACAUUAAACUGGAGUGGGAGAGAGGUCACUUUAAUGGCAGGUGUCCUGUAGUCCCGCAUAAAAAAGCACAUUCAUUGCAGGACUAUACUUCCUUUUUGAACUGAAUGGAGGUACAGUGCAAUGCGACUUCAGGCACUAUAACUAAUUCAAUGAGAUGUAAUGGUUAUCAUGCAUAGAGUGUCCCUUUAAGUUGAAAGUGAUCUUUCCUAUCAACCUGAAAUGUUUCACAACAGGGGUUAAUGGGAGUUGAAGUUCGAUUUGUUUUAAACAACCAAAAGGACACAACCUGCAGCUAUUUUCUAUUACCAUGCACAAUAACUUUAUUUAUAGUUUUACGAAUAAAGCCAAUUGCAGACUGUACAGUUUUAGGGAACUGGCAACCGAACUACAACUUUAGAGUUUUAUGGGCUACGUUCAGCACUCUAACUAAAAGCUAUGUGAGUAACAUCGUUUGAUUAGUCACUGCCUGGAUUAGCAAAUGUUCCCAACAGCAUUUGCAAAUCCACAGGAACUUCAGUAUAUAUAUAUAUUUUUUUUAUUAUUAUUUUCAUUUUACUGGCAAACCUUUUUAAAUGUAUUAAAUUGUAUAAUACAUCAAAAAGAGGAUCGAUUUAAAUCUACAGUGUCCCUUUAAAUUGAUGUCAAAUGAAAAUGCAUGUUAGCAUUACUUUAGUUACAACAUCUCACACAGUAAAUUCAAAAUACCAAAUCUGACUAUAAAGGAAAUUGCUCUACAAAAGGACUGGAUGUCUUUGCCAAACAGUUGAUUGCAAUGAAACAUUUCACCCCCUAAAACAAUGCUUCAGAUUAGUUUUUGAAAUGUACAGUUUAAUUUAUUGUGUUUUUUUGACAGUGUUUAGUUCAUCAAUAUCUGAGGAAUCAGUGUUACCAAUGUGUCCAAACGAUGACACAGUAACCAAAAUAGAUAAAUCUAUCAAAAAAUAUGAAAAUAAAGCAAUGUUAAAAAAUGCAAAAAAUAAAGCAAUGUUAAAAAAAAAGUCUAGCUCUCUCUGAAAACCAUGUCAAGUCAUUUCAACCGGAUGACGUAUUUGCAAGAAAUGCUCUUUUCAAAUCCUAUAUUGGUGGAGGCUCUGGAGACAUUGUCCACUUUCGGAUCUAAAGUGAACUCUUGAUAAUUGUGUGUCCAUUAUAAAGAGUAUGCAGAUUACUCGUUGAGGGUAACUGCACUCUAUAUAAAGAACCAUUCUAAGAAUGAUCUGAAUAUAGAGUUGGUCUAUUCCAUCACUAACUAAGUCUAUUCCUACAAUAUUCAGAUAGAUUGCCCAUUUUUUAAUCUGGGAGUAUGUUUUCACGCCUACACAUGUUCAGGUACAAUGUAGAAUUUGAGACGGGGAAGCCAUUCAUAGACACACAUAUUCAAUAGUUUGACACGUAACUGUGCAAUGUAAACAUGUUGAUCAUUAUUUACAUCUUCGAUAUGAAAAAAUAUCUGACCUCUUACAGUACAAGUGGUAAUGCAAGCAAACAAAAAGUUGGGAGUGAAUACUAAAAAGGAAAAACAUUUGCUCCGAGAACGUGUCAUCGGGACUACAGGAUGGUAAACUGGCCUCUCUUGGAAUUGACUAUGUAUUCUUUUAUUGCAGGGUAGUCUGGUUACAUGUACAGUGGUACAAGACAGACAAAAGGUGGCCUUAAUGCUACAUUUUGGGUUUUUAUAAAAAAUACAACUAAAUUAUAUAGGAAAUGAUGAGCUGAUGAUUCUGCCAUUAAUUUCACAAAUUUAUUUUCAAAUGGCUCAUAAUGGGACGCACAGUUUGUAAAUCACAGAUGGAACUGAAGAUCCAGGAAAAACAGUUUGGUGCCAUCUACUGGAAGUACAACAAUAUGGAAUAAAAAUAAAAAGUGAGAUUUUUAAAACAGAUUUAUUUCAAAGACAGCUAUGACUGGAAUAACAAGCAUUGCCAUUACACUGUUUGCAUGAAAAGUCUUUUUUUCCAAAGUUAGCUUGCCCGUUUUGCUUAAGUCCAAAUAACACCAUCACGCCCAGAAGGUUUGUAUCGAAAGAGGAGAAUCUUUAUGGUCAAAAGAAGUUCCUACAUUGAGAAAGAAGAAUAACAGUCAGAGGGUCAGUAUAGCUAGAGCAGUGUAUAUUUCCUGUUGAAUGGCAUUUAAAUAUUUGUUUCUUGUACAUAUCUUUUGAAUGCCAAAUAUUUUCCAAAACAAAUUAAAAGGGGUCUGAUGAGAUGAAUUCCCAGCAAUUCUCACUUUAGUGAAUAAUGAGAUCCUUUAUAUACAUCAUGUGAAAUUCAGAUGUGAUAAAAUCAGGAUUAUAUAAUUGUUAUGAUUUGUCCCUCAGUGAUUUUCCAUUUUUUUUUUUCGAUUUGAUUAUAUUUUAUGGCCUUAUAAAAAUUUUCACUUUAAACAGUGCACUGUCAUCUGCUAUGUUUUCCAGACUUAACAAAAGUAGAAUAGAAAAAGAGAUGUAAAAUUUUUUUUUAAAAAAGAAACCACAAAAAAAAUGAAAGUGGUCAAUCAUUCUGCUUAAAAGGAUCUGCAUUUGUGUAGUUACGAAAAUAAAAUAGUAAAUAAAUGCUGGGUUUUCCAGCACUUUAAAUUUCAAAGAGUUCUUGUUUUAUAUUUCUAAAUAAUGUUUUCUUAAAUGUGUUUGUGUUUUUUUUAACAAUGGUGAGAAGAUUAAAUUUAUGUUUUUUUAAUAUUAUGCAGCUUUGGUUGCAAUGGAUUUUUGAAAUAAAGUGUUGCUUGUUCAUGAUAGUUUAAUACCGUGUAUUGUUUUUCAGAAUUCUUGUAGAAGUGAGAAUGAAGCACAGGACAUGAUUCAAUACAUGGACAUCCUGGCAGAUACGUAUUUCAGAAAUAUUUAUUUUAAUGUUUGAGGAGGACAGCUUGGCCUUAGCACGUAAGGGAGUUUGCUAUUCUGGGUUCUUUUACAUUUGGAGAUUUGGAUAUGGAAACCUCUUAGCACACCUCUUCACCCCACCUCACAUGCAGUGGUGGGAAAGGGUUAAUGCAAGAGGGGGCCUAAUCAUCAAGAUUUCCCGAGUUAAUUAAGGGUCCUGGUAACCCCCAUUUAUUAAUGUUCCUGAAGUUGAGAAGGGACCAAUGUUUUUUGUUUACUUUUUUUUUUAAGACAGAGCAAGUUUUAUCUUCUAUCUUGAUGUCCUGCAAUACUUGUUAUUAGUAACGUUGGUUGGACGGCUGUACAAGAUUGUGAUAAUCAAAACAAAUAUAUACUUCAGUACCCUCACUCUGCAGUUGGUGCUUUAUAAAUGCCAGCAUGAAAUAAAUAAAUAAGCAGAUUCCUGUUUGGAGUAACACACUAAAAUUAACAUGGUGCAUAUCCCAGACUCAAACCCAUACUUAUCUGUAGGCUUAACCACUGUAUAGCAGGAGACACAAAAGCAAUGGAAUACACAACCAUUUAAUAUGGAAGAGGAAAGGCAAUAAAGCCAACCAUUUUAAUCCCUAAGGAAGACAUAGGUAUGUUUGUUGUAUGAAUGUACACACCACUUGCUCCUGCACCUGUGUAAAGGCCAACUCUAAAACUUUCUGAUUACGAAGGUAAAAUCAACACGUUUAGAAGGCCUCACUGUCCUCUGGCUAGGCCCAAGAAAUCGUACAGUCGAGGUCAAAGGUCACAGGGGUACCGCAGCUCAGGUCACUAAAACCUAGCCCCUUAAACCAAAUCCACACAAUGGAUUCACUCCCACUAGAACAUAAACGUAUCAUCGUUCCAUAGAAUUACCCCUUAUUACCCCUAGUGCAUCUCCCUGAAUCUCUCCCACAUCCCUAAAGAGCAUCUUACCAAUCACACACAGACACACUCAUGUGAUGCGAAUCCAAUCCAGAUAGGUUUGUUUCACGUGGAGAAUGAAGCGAGACCAAGUAUUGCAAACAAAGGUUAACUCUCUAAGGGUGGAUCUUUAUUAAUGUUGCUAUAGGAUUCUUCCAAUGUAAAACAAGAAAUCAGUAUGUUAAAGUGAGCUCUGAGCAUUGGACAAGGACUUAUACACCUACUAAAUUUUACGGAAUUACUGAUAAUAUCUAUCAAUCUAAUUGGUUCUACUUAUCUACAUAAAGGAUGGUCUAAGAUAUUAAAAAUUAUCUCAUUGACCUAACAAAGCAGAUAUGAAAAUGAGCUAAAAUCAGUUGGAACAAGUCCAAAAUUUAGUUGAUUUAGCAUAGUGUACGUAUGUGGCAGGCAUGGAAAAGAGUUUCUUAUUAGCAACAUGGAGUCGGCAUUUUUAGUUAUCCCAGUUGCUUCGAAAUAUUAGAGCAGCAGAAACUUAACCCCUUAAGGACCGGACUGUUUUUGCGAUGUUGUACAUUUGCGACCAGGCAUAUUUUUACACUUUUGUGGUGUUUGUGUUUGGCUGUAAUUUUCGCUUUCUCAUUUACUGUUCCCAUACAAAUUAUAUAUUGUUUUUUUCAGGACAAAAGGGGCUUUCUUUACAUACCAUUAUUUAUAUAAUCUCAUGUAUUUUAAUUUAAAAAAAAUACAAAAAUCUGAUGAAAAAUUGAAAAAAAUACAUGUUUUUUGACUUUUACUUGAAAAAUCUUUUACUCAUCUACAAAAGCGAAUGAAAAAAACUGCUAAAUAGAUUCAAAAUUUUGUCCUGAGUUUAAAAAUACCUAGUGUUUACGUGCUUUUUUGCUUUUUUUUGCAUGUUAUAGGGCUAUAGGUACAAGUAGGAUAUUGCGGUUUCAAAACAUACAUUUUUAAAAUUUAUCAAUAGUGACAUUGUAACACUAUUAUCUGUCAUAAAUCUCUGAAUAACACCCCACAUGUACAUAUUUUUUUUAAAGUAGACAACCCAGGGUAUUCAAUAUGGGGUAUGUCCAGUCUUUUUUAGUAGCCACUUAGUCGAAAACACUGGCCAAAGUAAGCAUUCAUAUUUGUUUGUGUGUGAAAAAAGUAAAAAAACUAAAUUGAACGCUAAUUUUGGCCAGUGUUUGUGACCAAGUGGUUACUAAAAAAGACUGGACAUACCCCAUUUGCAAUACCUUGGGUUGUCUUCUUUUGCAAAUGGUAUGCCAUCAUGGGGGUAAUUCUCAUUCCUGGGCUACCAUACGCUCUCAAAGGCAACGUAACAACCUGGCCAUUUUCAAUGUAAAAUAUUUGACCCAUAUAUUUGACCUUGUAACUUUCAAAAAUGCUAUAAAACCUGUACAUGGGGGGUACUGUAUUUACUCGGGAGAUCGCUGAACACAAAUAUUAGUGUUUAAAAACUGUAAAACGUAUCACAACAAUUAUAUCAUCAGUAAAAGUGCUGUUUGUGUGUGAAAAAUGCAAAAAAAGUCACUUUCACUGACAAUAUCAUCGCUGUGAUAUGUUUUACUGUUUUGAAUCACUAAUAUUUGUGUUCAGCGAAGUCUCCCGAGUAAAACAGUACCCCCCAUGUACAGGUUUUAGGGUGUCGUAGAACGUUACAAGGUAAAAUACAGUGCUAGCAAAUUAAAUUCUCUGGACUUUUCGGCCUGGGUUGGCAGGCAGGUCCCUCAAAUUGCAAUCAAUAAAAUUACUUAAUUAUGUAAAAAUAUUACAUAAAUACGCACGUAGAAUUUAAAUAUAUAUGCAUAUUUAUAUAUUUGAAGUCUACGUGUAUAUUUAUAUAAUUAUUUAUGUAAUUUUGUAUAUGGACGUAUGUAUAUUUCUUAUUAUUUUUAUUUAUUUUUAUAUACAUAGAUAUAUAUACAAAUUCAUUCUAAGUGUAUUUUGAUAUAAAUAUAUAUAUAUAUUAAUUUUAAAAUACAGUUAGAAUAAAAUUUCAUAUAGCUAUAUAAUUUUUUAAAUUUUUUUUAUUAUUAUUUAAAAAAAAAUUAUUUAAUUUAAAUUACUUAUUAUUUAUAUUUUAUAAUAAUAUAUAUAUACAAUAUAUAUAGUUAUUAUAUAUAUUAUAUAUAUACGUGUGUAAUUUAAUUAUAAGUGUAUUUAUAUAUUAAUAUAAGUACAUAUUAAUAUAAAAAUACACUUAGUAUGACAUUAUAUACAUAUGAUAUAUAGACAUAUAUUAUAUAGAUAUAAUAUAUGUCUAUAUAUCAUAUAUACACAUAUAUAAUUAUUUAUUUUUUUUUAUUAACAUUAACUUUAUUUUAUUUUUUGAUUUUACACUAGCAGGGAGACUGCCUGUCAGCACAGACAGUCCCCCUGCAGGCAGACACUAGGACACCUAUUGUGACCAUGUGAUCGCUGUGUUAAGCGAUCACAUGGCCACAGGGGUCCUAAUCUGCCGUGGGGAGACUGUCUGGGCUGCAGGCAGUCUCCCCACAACCGGAGCCACGCUGAUCGCCGCCGGGGGAACGACGGCGAUCAAGUAAGUAGCUCUGACCGUUAGGACGGUUCAGGACCGUCAUCGGUCGGCAACGCAAAAAUGCCGAUGACGGUCCUGAACCGUCCUCGGUCCUUAAGGGGUUAAUAUUACACUCUCAAACACAUUUACACACGUACACACACAGACACACCUCCAUACACACCCCUAUUUUUAUUUAUCACAUUGACACACAAAAAUAUUUAGUUACCACAUUGCGUCCUGAGGGCCACACUGAGAGGGAUUGAUUUGUGACAUCAUAACCCUGUACCCACCAUAGAGCUUUGAAACUUAUCUGUGUAGCUGGAACAGGUAUAUUAAUCAUCUCUCAAUACCUCACCAAAAAGAAGGAUAUUUUAGAAUAGCCGGUGGCCAUCUGGCAUGAAGAGGGGCCGCCUGCUGCGGGGCUGUGCUUCCCUUCAGUCAGGGAAGUUUCCAGUGAACCCAUUGGAUCCAGGUGGGAGAUGGAGGUGGUGGGGUUUUUUUUGUCCCAUCUAUGUAUUUGUGCCAUGGAGAAAAUGUUCCUUAUAUUAUUGGUAAUUAGAGCAUAGAUAAAUUAAAGGGAACAAUAUAAUAUUUACUGACAUAAAAUGUAGUGAGCUUCUACCAGGAGCUGUAAAUAAAAAAGAUAUCUAUAAAUGUGUGCUGGGCAUAUUACUGGAGAAUAUCAGGAAUUUUUGUAUGCUACUGUUUAUUGUUAAGGAUAUAAAAUAGAAAAAAUCUGCAGUAUAACUUUUACGAUGGUCUAUGUUAUCAAACUAAUAAGUCUUAAUAAGAAAUGCAUCACUUUGAGGCAAUUGUCUCAUUCACAAUUUUUUAAAUAUAUUUAUCUGCUUCUAGUUUCCUAUAAUUGCCCCACCCACUCCAUGAAGGACACUGAAUCAAUCAGUGUCCUAUCCCUAGGAAUGCAGUAAAAGUGCUCUGGGCCUUCCUGACAGAGUCACACAUGUACAGUUGGAAGAUAUCUUCACCUUGCAACAUCUGCAGAGGGGGAAAAGAGAGAGAGAAGAGUCUGAACAGUGUGAUUCAUGCAGAGCAGGCUCCAGUGUUGGUAUUCUAUCUCUUGCUGCUGCACAAUGAUGUCCUUUUUCUGUACCUAUUUGACUGGUGUGGGCUGGGUUCAUCUGUAGCAAGAGAGGGGCUGGGAGAAUGUCCCCUUGGCGUGCCCAACAAUGCAAUCUGACCAAGUUUUUAGUAAGUUUAUAAACAUUUAAAUGUCAUACUUUUCAAUGUUAUUAUUGCUUUAUUUUGGUUUACAUAUUUGUUGAAAAGUAUUUGCAUACUGGUUUUAAAAAUAUAUCAAGUGAUACAUGUCCCUUUAAUGGGCAUGACCUAAAUAUAUUAUCCUAUUCUUUUAAAAUAGUUGUCCAUGCGUAUUUUGUGUAGCCAAUGAUUAAUAUCAUAAAAUAAUACAGAAUGCAGAAGAUAUGACCUUUGUUGUAAUGAGCUCAAGGGAUUAAGGUUACAGGAAGCCCUGGGCCAAGUAUAGAUUGGGAGCGUCCAAUUAUGUUUACCCACAUAAUUAUAACAUUUCCCACUGAGUGCAUUAAUCUUGUCUAGUUACAGUUCCCCAUUUUUUUAACACUAUAUACUAUAAAUGCAGAGGUAUCUAUAGUGUAUGAUUUUCAGAAGCAACGGUUAAAAAAAAAAUAGUAUACUUAUUUUUUCUUACACUGUAUUUCCUGUGUUCAGUGUACAAGUAGCAGUUUAUUUUGUUGCAGAGAAAUGUUUGGGUCCUCGAUGCUGAUACAAAGAUCAGAGUUUAUUUUCCUGUAUGUAACAAAUCUCAAGGGGGAGGUGACAUAGUGGAGGUUAUAAACAAAGACCUUGGAAGUAAAACAAAGGAUUAACGAAGAAGAUAAAGCAUAGGCAAACUUUUGUGGACUACAUCUCCCAUAGUGCUCUAACAGCCAUAAUGUUGGCAAAGCAUCGUGGGAGAUGUAGUUCAUAACAUCUGGAGUGCAGAAGGUUGUCUAUACCUGGACUAGAUUAUUAUAGCAAAUCAUAUUACAUAACUGAUCUGCUUCGGGUGAAAGUGACAUUUGUAAUGUGCGUAAGAUAUAUUAAUAAAUGCUGCGAGCUACGGAAUUAUAACUUCCAACUGCUGAAAUAAUUUCUUCAACUAAAUCAAAACAAUCGUAUUAUAUCUGUAAAAUGUGUUAUAUUUUAUAUAUUAAAUAAGUAUUGUUAGUUACUGUGUUUUUCUUAAAACACAAGAGAAAAUGCUAUGUCUAUUGUCGAAUUGCAUAAUUUGUCUAUAUAGGUAUUUUAGCCUGAAUUUUUCCAUCUGGAUUUCGGUUCACUGCAGAAUGUGGUAAAUAAAGCCGAUGUGUUUUAUAUUCUGAAAUGUAAUGCGUAUUAAAGGGUUACUUCAACAACCAUGACCACUUCUGCUUUUUUGGUAGGACUCUGUGUUGUAUCAUUUCUUAUUGUAAAGCGCUAUGGAAUCUGUAGGCGCCAUAUAAAUGGCAAUAAUAAUAAUAAUUUUUGCUUGAAACGCUGCACAGAUAGAGAAAUCUGAAACCCCGGCACACAUGACGAGCGAGGAAGUCUGUUCUUGUCUGCCUAAUGUCAAUUCCAAUGCAAAAUUUCCAUCUGUCGUUAGCGCACACUGCACGCUGGCAAUAAACGUUAUAAGCUUCUACCCUUACAAGCAGUGUGUACAAAGGGAAGGAUGCAUGUGUCCUCCUGAUCUCCGUACAGUCCCUUACAGGAUCGAUGGCUACAGGACAGUCACUAUAGGUUGAUUUUAGUCACAGAUCAAAUGAGAACUGACCAAUAGAGAGAAAAAAGGAGGAGCACUAACAAAAAAAUAUAUUUCUCAAAGUAUAUAGUAUACAUAUACACUGAACAAAAUUAUAAACGCAGCACUUUUGUUUUUGCCCCCAUUUUUCAUGAGCUGAACUCAAAGAUCUAAGACUUUUUCUAUGUCCACAAAAGGCCUAUUUCUCUCUAAUAUUGUUCACAAAUCUGUCUAAAUCUUUGUUAGUGAGUACUUCUCCUUUGCCGAGAUAAUCCAUCCACCUCACAGGUGUGGCAUAUCUAGAUGCUGAUUAGACAGCAUGAUUAUUGCACAGGUGUGCCUUAGGCUGGCCACAAUAAAAGGCCACUCUAAAAUGUGCAGGUUUACCACACAGCACAAUGCCACAGAUGUUCUCAGGGAGCAUGCAAUUGGCAUGCUGACUGCAGGAAUGUCCACUGGAGCUGUUGCCUGUGAACUAAAUGUUCAUUUUUCUACCAUAAGCCGUCUACAGAGGGGUUUCUGAGAAUUUGGCAGUACAUCCAAACGGUCUCACAACCGCAGACCAUGUGUAACCACACCAGCCCAGUACAUCCAUAUCCAGCAUCUUUACCUCCAAGAUCGUCUGAGACCAGCCACCCGGACAGCUGCUGCAACAAUCAGUUUGCAUAACCAAAGAAUUUCUGCACAAACUGUCAGAAACCGUCUCAGGGAAGCUAAUCUGCAUGCUUGUCAUCCUCAUCGGGUCUCGAUCUGACUUCAUUUCGUCGUCGUAACUGACUUGAGUGGGAAAAUGCUCACAUUCAAUGUCGUCUGGCACUUUGGAGAGCUGUUCUCUUCACGGAUGAAUCCCGGUUUUCACUGUACAGGGCAGAAGGCAGACAGUGUGUAUGGCGUUGUGUGGGUGAGCGGUUUGGGAAUGUCAAUGUUGUGGAUCGAGUGGUCCAUGUUGGUGGUGGGUUUAUGGUAUGGGCAAGCGUAUGUUAUGGACAACGAACACAGGUGCAUUUUAUUGAUGGCAUUUUGAAUGCACAGACAUACCGUGACGAGAUCCUGAGGCCCAUUUUUGUGCCAUUCAUCCACGACCAUCACCUCAUGUUGCAGCAUGAUGAUGCACGGCCCCUUGUUGCAAAGAUCUGUACACAAUUCCUGGAAGCUGAAAACAUCCCAGUUCUUGCAUGGCCAGCAUACUCACCGGACCUGCCACCCAUUGAGCGUGUUUGGGAUGCAUUGGAUCAGUGUAUAUGACAGCAAUAUCCAGCAACAUUGAACCAACAUUUCACAGGCCACAAUCAACAACCUGAUCAACUCUAUGCGAAGGAGAAGUGUUGCACUACGUGAGGCAAAUGGUGGUCACACCAGAUAUGAACUGGUUUUUGGACCCCCAGGUCCUCCCCAAUACAGUAAAACUGCACAUUUCAGGGUGGCCUUUUAUUGUGGCCAGCCUAAGGCACACCUGUGCAAUAAUCAUGCUGUCUAAUCAGCAUCUUGAUAUGCCACACCUGUGAGGUGGAUGGAUUAUCUCGGCAAGGGAGAAGUGCUCACGAACACAGAUUUAGACAGAUUUGUGAACAAUAUUUGAGAGAAAUAGGCCUUAUGUGGACAUAGAAAAAGUCUUAGAUCUUUGAGUUCAGCUCAUGAAAAAUGGGGGGGAAAACAAAAGUGUUGCGUUUAUAAAUUUGUUCAGUGUAUAUAAUAAAUAUAUAAUAUAUAAAUGUAGCUGUUUUAUUUUAUUUACUGCUCCUCCUCUUUUGUGCUCUGUAGUGCAAAAUAUAAAAUUAAUAUUGAUAAUGCUAGAUUUGGGAAUAGUUCCAAAAUUAAUUUUAGUGUUGACUUGAAUCACAUAUUACAACACCUUGGAGAUUUUAUUGUUGCUCCGAGUGUAGAGGUGAUUAUCAGCAGGGCUGCCAUCAGAAAUUAUGGGGCCCCUGACGCAGCCCAAAGUCUGGGCCCCCAGGGCCCACCCCUGAGCUCACCUCUGUGCCUGCCCACAUGACACGCCCCCAAGCUCGCCUACAUGGCCCGCCCCCGAGUCCCCCCACAGGGACCAUCCAAAGUAUAACCACAAGGAUGAAGUGUGUGCACUGAAUUUGGUUUGUGUAUAGUGGAUACAAAGUGCUUAAGUAAAGUGGAUGUGGUGUGUAUGUUGUGGAUGCGGUGUUUAUAGUGGAUGCAGAUUGUAUGUUUGUGUUUAUUAGAUGCAGAAUGUGUUUGUGUAGUGAGUAGAGUGUAUGUUUGUAUAGUGCAUGCAGAGUGUGUGUUGCUGUAGUGGGUGUAUAGUGAAUGCAGAGUGCGUAUUUGUCUAGUGGAUGUAGUGUGUAUAGUGAAUGCAGAGUGUGUUUUUUUAGUGGAUGUAGGGUGUAUAGUGAAUGCAGAGUGUGAGUUUGUGUAGUGGAUGUAUUGUGUGUGUAUAGUGAAUGCAGAGUGUGUGUUUGUGUAGUGGACGUAGUGUGUGUAUACUGAAUGCAGAGUGCGUAUUUGUGUGGUGGAUGUAGAGUGUGUAUAGUGAAUGCAGAAUGUGUGUUUGUGUAGCAGAUGUAGUAUUUGUGUGUAUAAUGAGUGCUGGGUGUGCAUAAUGAAUGCAGAGUGUGUGUUUGUGUAGUGGAUGUAGUGUUUGUAUAUAGUGACUGCAGAGUGUUUAGUGGAUGUAGUGUGUGUAUAGUGAAUACACAGUGUAUGUUUGUGUUGUGGAUCUAAUGUUUAUAUUAGAUGCAAUGUGUAUAGUUACUGCAGUGUAUAGUGACUGCAAAGUGUGUGUUUGUGUGAUGAAUGUAGUGUGUAUAAUGAAUGUGGUUUGUGUGUUUGUGUAGCUGAUGCUGUGUGUGUUUGUGUAGUUAAUGCUUUGUAUAUAGUGAAUAUGUUGUGUGUGCUUGUUUGUGUGGUGUUUUGUGUGCCAGUUUGUGUGGUGGAUGAUGUGUGUGUGUGUGUGGUGAAUGUGUCUUUAUGUUUGACAAAUGCAGUGAGGGUAUUUUUUUUUCCUUUUAAUUUGGACAAAAAAUAAAAUAAAAAGUAUAUUAAUUUUAUUAAUUUAAAAUAAAAAGUAUUACCCCCUCCCUGCCUCUUACCUGUAGCCAGGGAGGGGGGACACUGGAUUCCCUGGUGGUCCAGUCUUCAUCUUUCCCUUCCGGGCUCUAUUUCUGUAAGGAGCCCAGCAUGCAUUGCAUGCCGCGGAGCAUUGCCAUGGCAACGCUUUACAGCCUCGGCAACGCUUUACAGCUGCUCGCAACAAUGCCGGAGCGGGAGGUGAGUAUGAAGCCAGAAGGGCCCGCAGAGGCAUAUAUAUAUAUAUAUAGAGAGAGAGAGAGAGAGAGAGAGAGAGCGCUACUCGCUAUAUAUAUAUAUGUAUUAAGGCAGUUUUGCCUGUAUUUGUGGGAGGGGCUUAAAUUAAUUCACUCCCCUAUAUAAGGGACACCCCUUACCUGACUCAUAUCGCUUGAGGUCAGCAUCAGAAUGAUUUCCACUUCCGGGACAUCCAGACGCCAUUUUACCUGAUUACUCCAUGAGGUUUUCUAAGCUGAGCUGUGUCAGGAAUCCAGCCACAGGCUUUUCCGGCCUACCACCUUCUUUCUUCAAUCUAUCGCUGUGGAUGGUGUCCAAGUGACUCACAAACCGUAAGUUGACCUACCCAUUACGCCAGGCAUCAGUCCCACGGCACCAUGCAAGGGUCAGGUCCUCACUUUACUGCUGCAUUUUGUCUAAGUCUGUUCUAAAACCAUUGCAUGUUCAUGCAUAUCAUUCGUUUAAACCCCCUACUGGUCUUUGGGUGUACUACAGACUUCUUAGACAUUAUCGCUUUUCAUGUACAAACCAAUAAACCACUGCAUUUACACCUACACACUGACCCCUACUGGUCUUUCGGUGGACUACAGGCUUCUUAGACAUUAUCGCAUUUCAUGUACAAAUCAAUGAACCACUGCAUUUGCGCCUACACACUGACCCCUACCGGUCAUUCUGUGUACUACAGGCUUCUCCGACAUUAUUGCAUUUCAGGUACAAACCAACAAACCACUUAAUUUUUCACCUACACACUGACCCCUAUCAGUCAUUCAGUGUACUACAGGCUUCUUAGACAUUAUUGCUUUUCAUGUACAAAACAAUAAACCACUGCAUUUUCACCUACACACUGACACCUACCAGUCAUUCUGUGUACUACAGGCUUCUCCGACAUUAUUGCAUUUUAUGUACAAACCAACAAACCACUGCAUUUUUCACCUACAUACUGACCCCUAUCAGUCAUUCGGUGUACUACAGGCUUCUUAGACAUUAUUGCUUUUCGUGUACAAAACAAUAAACCACUGCAUUUUUACCUACACACUUACACCUACCGGUCAUUCAGUGUACUACAGGCUUCUCAGACAUUAUUGCAUUUCAUGUACAAACCAACGAACCACGGCAUUUUCGCCUACAUGCUGACCCCUACCGGUCAAUCGGUAUACUACAGUCUUCUCAGACUUUAUUUCACUUCAUAAGCAAACAAACUAACUACAGCAUUUUCGCUUUUAUACUGACUCCUAUCUGUCAUACGGUAGGAUUAACCCCUUAGGGACACAUGACAUGUGUGACAUGUCAUGAUUCCCUUUUAUUCCAGAAGUUUGGUCCUUAAGGGGUUAAAGGGUAUUUUUACCAUACAAUCAGCAUUUAUGACCCCUACUGGUCAACAGCAAAACUGUCUUCACAUGUCAUAUACAAUUUACCAGCCAAUAUAAAUUACACAUAAGAUUGUUUUAACCCCUUAAGGACACAAGACAUGUGUGACGUGUCAUGAUUCCCUUUUGUUCCAGAAGUUUUGUCCUUACGGGGUUAAACAUAACCAUAAACCAUAAAUGAAACUCCAGCACGGGCUCAAAUUCAGGUUUAAUUCACAAUAAUUUACAUUUCACAUCAAGACCAACAGUGGUUCUAUCAACACUGCCACCUACAGGUCUGUCAAGUACAUUGACAAUUUUCAUGGGGUUUUACAAACACCAAAACACUUACACCUAUAGGUCAACAGACAAACAACAUUUCACAUACCAAUCAGUAUCCAACUACACUGCCACCUAUAGGGCACUCGGCAGAUCUCCAGUGCACUUGCAUUUUGCAACACCAUGUUCACUGACCCCUACCAUUCAAUAAGACAUACAACAAUUCACAUAGCAAGCACUAUAUCAACAUCAGGUAUAAAUACAUAUAUUAUUACACAGUAGCAGACGCGUCUGUAUAUACGUAACUGGUAAUAUAGUUCACAUACAUUUUUCACAGCACGCUGCUCACGCAACAGACUUUCCCCUAGCAAGGGGACAUACAACAUACAAGGUGGGGACAGACCACAUUUUCACUUGUACAUACGGCACUUAAUGGGUUAAGAUUGAUACAUAUUUAACCAGUAUGGCUACGAUGUUUAAUAUUUACACAUCAUGGCACUUUACUUUUCACAUAUACUGUACGUAUUAAGAUAAGCUUGGUCUAUGUCAUAUUUCCUUAUGCCAUAUGGUUUUAUCCAUUCAGGUUACAGUUACUACUAAAAAACCUAUACGGAUUGUCAGGUUCAAUACCAUACUACCAGGUACAUACACCUGCUCACGUAGUUAUCCAUCUCUUACCUUCCCUGGAAUAGUAAUAGUGUACUGGCAAUUAGGGUUCUAGGGCCCAAUAGGUAUUACCCCCUUUUUUCUCUGCAUUAUGCUUCGGUUAGUGGUCCCGCGAGGCCAACACCCCGCCUCACACUCGGAGGCAUACACCCCUCGGGCCACUCGUGAGCUAGCCGCCUCGCAUUGUAUCAUAGAGAGGGCCUCACCUGUCACUCCCCUUCCUAUUUUCUGGUUACUGUCACCGAGAGGCCAACAUCCUGCCACAAUGUUCGGUGGCCACACAAAAUCCCCUCGCGCCAAGCAUAGAUAGAGCCUCUCAAGCCACUUGGCAACUAGCAGGGCCUCACCAGUCACCAAAAAACACCAAGCCUAAUCGUUUCGCCUUACGGCUUAGCUAGCAAGCCAGUACAAGAACCCCGGUUACAAAUAAUUGCAUCUUUAUUGUUAUUUAAGUAUUUCUCCAAAAGAUGGUGAAGAAUCACCUCUUCCUAGCACCCCGGCUAGAAUUGAUACACCUUCAAGCACAGGAGAUGUUGCUAGUCCUGCAGCAAUCAGAUCCUGGACGAUCCCACACAUUACCACCGACCUAAGGAGGUGACAAAUCCCCUACCCUGCUACAGCAAGGAAAGCAGAGUUAUUCAAACUCCUCCAUACAUCAACGGACAACACGGAGGCAGGGGAAGGCCCAGCUACAUCAACUCAGGUGACACCCAGGCUAUGCUAGCCUCACUCAUAAACUCAUGAGCCAAAAAAUUUUAUGACAGACUGGCAAUCUCGAGUUGGUCACCACAGCCCUCACAAGGCUGGGCCUCACGUUACUGUACAACCAGCACCAACCGAAACUCUGUUACCUGGUACAAUCAAUUCUUAUGACACACAAGAUGUUAACCCUGCACGUAUGAUCCCAGCACAUUGGGGAAGCAAGGCAUAUAUAUGUAUGAUGAUGUAUCUGUGAUGGUCAGAUUCAGGGAUUCCAGGUAAAUCGGGAACUGACCAUCUCUUGGAUGGGUUGGUAUUUGGAAUAUGUAGAGAUGUUUAUUUGUGCAGGUACCCAUACAGAAGGGGUUCUGUCCCAAACAAAUGGACGAGCACUCUCAGGCUCCAGGUACCAGCACCUCUGAACUACCAGAGACGAUUGAUAUGAGUAGUUGCAUUGCAUAUAGACUGUUGCAUAUAUGUUCAAAUGGUUCAGGGCACAUCACAAACCAUGUGGCCCAAUACAACUUACAAAUAACGUACUCACCAUCUGUACACACCAAUGCAUUUUCAACACUACUGACUCAUCACCCUUCCAGACUUGUAGUAGAUUUACUAAAGCUCUGGAGCUUCAAAGGGCUCCCAUACAGGUAUCAUAAACACACCUUCAAGGAGUAUAGCAUGCCCUCACUUACAGUCAGCACAACAAAACCAUUGGCUGAAAACACACUCAUAGCCAAGAUUUGCAGAGUGGUCUUCCAAUCUCCACCAUUUACAGCAUGGCACCAAACACACACAUUGGUAUUGUCACAAGGAAUCUUCCCUUAAACAAAGACUAACCAUAGACUUAUUGGCACCACACACCUCCGCUACCCCAAGUCUCAACUCCCUUCUUACUAUACAACACCAUUGAUCUACCUUUACAGCUAUCACUCAAGCAUGGGUUAAAGCUUGGUUAAGUAAGACCAAUAUCAUCAACGCAGUAAACAGCUACCAUCUACCCUACACACUGGCACUUACAUGGCAUAAAUUGGGCAAUCCUUUCCCUGCUCAACUUUCGAGCUACAGAUUAACCUACUAUCGAUAUUCGCAGAUACUCUGUGCUGGUUAUGAUAACAUAUCCAGAGGCAUUACAGUCAUACACUAUCUAGAAGACUUCUUGUUGCUCAAAGAAAGCAUAUUUUUCACUAGAAGCCUCAUGGCAGCUUAGUCUGGUUGACCACUUGGGCGUCCCAGUACCCCAUAAGAAACAGAAGGCGCAGACACUAUCAUCACAUUACUGGGCAUAUGACUUGAGUCGGCAUCCAUACACGCAAGUUACCACAAGACAAACAGGGAACAUUCUCAACUAAAUCAAUCACUACCUCCUGCUUAGUACUUACAACUACAAGGAACUACAAUCCCUACCAGGUUCCUUAAUUUUGCCAUGCCAAUCAUACCACAAAACCACGCUUUCACAUCCAGAGUACUUUCCCCUUUUUUCCACACUUCCAACAUGACAAUCAGAGGAGGUGCCUAGACACCUCAGCAACAGCAGACCUGCACAUGGGGGGGGGGGAUUUCUUAACCACUUGGCAUGGUAAAAGCAUGUUCCUUCCAGGAUUGUCUGACACUUCUCCAACCAGAUGGUCAGACGCAGCAUAAACCAUGGGUUUGGCAGCGAUCUACCGGGAACAAUUGCUUUGGGGCUGUUGGCCAUGGCAUCCAGGUUUGGAAAUUUUUCCACAACUUCAGCCCCUUUGGGAGAUCUACCCCAUUGUAGCAGCUGCUGUGGCAUGGGGUAAAUCAUGGUCAGGGUCAUCAAUCCGUUGUUACUCAGACAACUAAGCACAUAUCAUAUCAUCAACAAACGCCACUACUCAUCCAUAAGUUCAUGAUGUUUCUGGGGAACUCACUUGGUUGGCCACUUAUCACAUUUCACUUUCAUGUACCAGACGGGGGUAUACAUCCCUGCCGACAACUGUCUCAUUUAUAUUCCAGACAUGUUCAUCAUACGCUUCCUACAGCCGCCCAUACAGUCACGUCCACUCUUUCGUUCCAGAGACAAAAUCAUGGAUUAGACAUACUCAUGCAGCAUAGCAUGCACUAUCCCACCUAGCACUUUCGUCCCAUACUUGUAUAUAUAUAUAUAUAUACACACAUUGAAGGGCUGACGACCCAGAUAUGCAGAGCAUUAACAGUGCAGUCCGGGCCCCCCAGGACCACCGGGCCCAUGACAACCGUCAUUGUUGUCACCCCCUGAUGGCGGCCCUGAUUAUCAGUAUAUAUAUAUUGUGUAAGUAUAUCUCACAGUAGCAUGGGUGUAUUACAGACCAAAUAAGACAUCAUGCCCUGUUCAAUAUCAUAAACCUAUUAAUAAAAAAGGCACUCUUGAAAUAUGCCCCAAGACUGUGACAUGCCCAGCUGCUCUCAACAGCUUCUCCAAAAAGGCAACAAUCAGGAGAGGUGUGGAAACUGCAGAACUGAAAUAAUUAAAGAGAGAGAUGCACACCAUUUGUUUUUACACACACAGUAAAUGUGUAUUGUUUUAUGUAUAUGUUUAAGUUAACUUCGGAGGAAUAAAGUAAAAUCUCAGUAGUUAUUACCACUUUUCUCACUUUUCUUUCUUUAACGGAUAGGACACUGCCCCAAGUGCCCAUAUAGAUGAUGAGCCUCCAAUGUGUACAUUUAGUUGGGUUAAAAUUAAACAGACACUACAUGUUGUAACUGACUAUCAUUUAUGAUGAAAUGGGUAAUGCAUUACAACGGAUAUCUAAAGCAAAUAUAAGGAUACCUAGCAAAUUUCUUGGUUUCCAACUUCACGCAGAGAGCUCUGCCCAGACAAGUAGGUAAUUGAUACCUGUCAGACACUUUUAACUUUCCCAGGACUUUUUUUUUUUUUUUGUAAAUAUGUUUUUAUUUAUUCGUGAUAUAAUGAAGCAUUGUUAUGGAUACGCAGAUCCUUACGGUUAACACAGUAAGUAUGAAGCAACAGGGUAGAGAGCAAUUAUUACAGCUGAAAACAUAUAUAAACCAUGAAGGUGUAAAGUUUAGGGUUGUCAUCUCGCAAGCCUAUUAAGGGGGUGGAACCUGCUGGUCCUGUUCCGUUACCAUGAACAUGUAUAGAUAUAUAGUUUCCCUCCUUGCUAGUGGCCGUAAAAGGGUGUCCUUGCAUGGCUUUGAGUCCACCCCAGUAACACUAAGUCCCAUAAUCUAUGGGAGUUCGCCUUUGGGUAGUUGGGAGGUGUCGUGGCGCUACAAACCUAUUCCUUGAGUCAGAGGUUCCUGCAUCCCUGUGUGUUAGGGAAAAUAUUACUAGGUCUGUGUAUAAUUAGGUGGGUUUCAUUUCUGAAACAGCGGUGGUGUUGCAUGAAGGCGUGAGUAGAUGAGACUCCCGCUUUCCAGUAUGGGGUCUACUCUGCUGAGUACGAGCUUAUCCCUUGCCAUGCCUAUCGACCGAAUGUCGAUGGCCUCUGUCAGUGACUCUAUUUCGUGGGAAUCAGCAGUUUGUACCUCUUUAUGACUAUUUGAGCGGGUUCAUUAUCGGGGUUACUUAUAACGGAGCUCGAGCGUUGCCUUGUCUCAGGUCGCCGCCCCCGUAGCGUGUUGUCCUAUAUCAUCAGGCACUAUGUGUGAGAUCGUUGCGAGCUAUCUAAGGUGUUUGUCUUGCGUGGUGUGUGAGUUUGUUAGGGGAUACUUUGUCUACGGUUGUGUGUUUGUGUGUGUUUCGUGGUGUCGAGGUGCCCGGUUGCCGGGUCCCGGGGUGUCCGAGGUCUGUGGCAACUGGCGGGCAGUCCUGACUUGACAGCUCCCCUUCUCUGUCCGUAGUGUGUCGUGCAUGUCCAACCCUGUUCAUUUUAUAUCGAGUGUACAUCCUGGGAAUAGCCCGACCGAGUCCGGUAUCCAGCUCCCCAGAUCCCGGGGGCCCAGCAAGAGGGGGUAAGGGAGAAAGUAAAGGCAGGAGAAAAUGAGCAGUAAAGGGGUAGGGGUUAUGAUCUAGGUUAAGUGGUGUCCAUGUCCCCUGCUGUCCCCGUCCCGGCGACAGGUGCGUCCCCAUCUCGCCGAUAGCGAGUGACGUAUAGGAACCACGGCGUCCACAUCUCGGCGUGUCUGGUACCUCGUCCCGACAGAGUUGCAUGUGUUUCCUCCGCUCCCUGGAUAUCUUCUACUCUUCGAAUCCAUUCCUUUUUGGUGGGUGUUUCAUUUGUUUUCCAGAGAGCUGGUAUGUUGGCCUUAGCCGCAUUAAGCAGGUGUCGUAGUAUAGAUUUCUUAUACGACGGUAUGGGUUGUUCCCAGGACUUUUUGGGGAUCUGAGCAUAUCCCAUAAUCUCUGACCUAGCAAAAUUUUCUGGCAAAUGUAAUUCAGCACUCAGCAGAAGUUCAGUUAAUCAGGUGAAAUAAAUAACACCAUUGUCUACAAUUAAAGCAGCUGUAGUGAUGUCUGCUUAAUGGCAGUUCCAUUCAGUGUUUUGUGAAUGGAGCUGUGUACACAAUUGUUGAACCACGCAUAACCAUUACUACGGUUCUUGCAGGUACAUUGCUAGGGUCAAAAAAAUAACUGUGUCUGCUAGAGCCCAAGAAUAAUUUGGUAACCCCUUAUUGAAGCCUCUCCCAUUGCAUCUCUCCAAAAUUACCCCUGCCCAUCCCCAAAUCAACCUAUUAACAUGCCUCUUGACAUGCACACACAGGCACACAUUAUUUCAUCUUGACAAAGUAUAACUCUUUAUACAAAACGCAUAACUCUGUGAAUGAAUUAGUUGUCAAUUUUUAAUGCCUUAGGAAUAAAUGUUGUUAUAGAUUUUAAUGAAGAAGCUGGUACCGUUAUAUUUACGUCUAAGACAUGGAGUUGCCAUUGAUGUUUGCGUCUGUGUGAUGUUCUUAAGGAGGGAUUGACUACCCUAUUACUCCACCAGAGGGUUACAAAUAGAUACAAACAGACAGACACACACAGACAUGCAUAAACACAAAAAGACCCACACAGAAAGGUAACAACACACACAAAUACAGAGACAGGCAUACAAAGGCACAUGCAGGCACACACAGGCACAGACCGGUACACACAGGCACAGACAAGUACAAACAGACACACAUAGACAUGCACACACAGGCACACAGUUUCUGGAAUGUCAAUGUGUAUGCUCUCCGAAUCCUAGCUUCUUUUGGCUUCUAUCUCUAUUCUUCCCUCUUUUCUUGCUUCUGUCUGCUCUUUCUUUCUUUUUCUCUCUACUUCUUGUAAGCUAUGCCCCCUUCAUUCCCUAAACUUCAAAAAAAAUUUCAAGUGCCCUCCACCCUACUUCUUGUACAACAGUGUAGUGAGGCCGAGCAGUACAGAAUCCUCCUGCUGUUUUCCCUCUACCCAGCCUCAACACAAACUGCCACACUGAGUGGCAUGCAGAGAUCUGGGCUAUGACGUGCAUUCCUGCUAUUUGGCACAACUUUCUCUACAGUCUGAAGCUGUGCAAAUAAAAAGGUAGGCUAGGCUAACUAGAAAGCUAAUACAUUGCAUUCUUGGAAUGUCAUUUGGGAAGUUCUUUGUCUAUAACUGAGGGCCUGAGUGCUCAGCGAAUCCAUCACAUGGCCCCUCUGGUGAGCAAGUAGAACACAGACCGAAAGAUUCGGGCUAUAGAGACCCAUUCGGAACUGAAGCCCCCCCAGCUCCAUCCAGCAACACCCCUAAUCACUUGGAUUAUCUAUGAUCUUAACAUGUUUCCUGACCUUGUUUAUUCUCAUCCAUUGGGACUGCAUUGCUUAUUUGUAUUACCAGAUCUGUUAUUUUUAUCAGCAGGCCCCUUUUUAGAAGUGUUAUCUGCAGUUUUAAAAAUGACUUUUUUUAAAAAAAAAUGCAGUUCUUACAAUUGGAGGGUUUUAGCCAAUAGAUAUUACCAUUGAUAGACAUAAUAGCCAGUGGAAAUACAGUAUACAAGUUAUAGGUAAAACAUUAAAUGCUGUAAAACAGUUUUUACCUGGUGAUUGGGGUCUGUAUGGUGUAUUUUACAGAAAUGGAAAUGAUUGAAAAGAAAUUACUUUUUUAAAUGUAAUUAUUGUUUUACUAUUAUUGAUAAUAACUUGAUUUUUGUUCCAUGCAGAACCAGUAAGGCAUAACCAUGCCAGAGACAUCUAAAAUUAAACUCUACAUGUGGACUGAAAGAGGUCGCACUGUACAGAAAAAAACUUUUGAUAGUUUUGUUGUGAUUUUUUUGUUUUUUUUUAACUUCUGCUGAUUACUGUAAAUUUAUUUUAUGUGACAGAUCCAUAUACAGUUUACUUUUGUUGCAUUGUGUAAUGUGCUCUUGGUUUCACAAGCAAAAUAAAUAAAAAUAAUGAUGUCUUGGAGAUGGCAGCAGAUUCCAGAAUAAGACCUAUCGGUUCUUGUCUUGCUCAGUUUUGUGCUCAGUUUUUGAGUAAUAUAUAUAAUAUAUUUUGGGAGGUAUGAACUCCAUGAAAAACAGGAAAAUUAUUGUUUUUAAAGUAUUGUUUUUAGAUCAACUUUUGUAUUUUAAAAUUAACGAGGAAUGAAGACUCUUGCUCGUAGCAAAACAUGAAGUCCAAUAGCCACGUCCAAAAUUCUACACUUUAAUAAACAAUAUUUCAGUUACAAUUUAAUAUCACACAGUAUUGAAUUUUCUGUUUUUUUUUCUUAAAUGUUCUUUCAUUUUAUUACUUUGUUUACACAGUUUGUUUGCAGACCACCAUACUGAGACAUUUCCUUUAAAAGUGAAGU